AUGGGAUUCACGGAUCGGCGAUGCUGUUACAGUGACAUUCUCUUCCGAACCGUAUGUGUUCGUUUCUGUGUUAGUUUAAGAAUGCUGGUGUAUUUUAUACUAUUACCCGAGUAUGCAUUCGGAAUGUUAUUUUUAGUUUAUUAAGAGAAACUUUAUUGUGUAGCGGGAAUCCUCAAAAGUUGUAUUUCAAAUGAAUACCAUCAAUAAAUUAUAGGUUUACCUAUCGUUCAGUGAGGGUUUACAAUGGAUAAUCAGCUUUCCAAUUAAAAUGGGAAUGAUAGUGCAUAUUCAGCGCCGUUGUUCGGGCUGCAUUGCUUUCAUGCAUUAAUGCAAGGAUGUCCAUUAAAAGUGAUUCAUAAUUAUAUCCUUUUAGGCAGCUUUGAUUUUAUGCGGAAAUAUACUUCGCAUUGAGUGAUGUCUGUUACAGUUACUCCUGGCACUACUGCUGUGUUGUAACAUAGAUUUCUCUGAAAGAUUGUACAAGGUUUUUCACUAAACUGUACAUGUUUGUAAAGCAAAAUACAUUUUAAAUUUAAUGCCAAAGUAUGCAAAUUGGAAGCAUGUUUAAUUGGGAGAAUUUUUACAGUAAAUCUAUUAUGACAAAUUUUAAAGUUCACUUUGAAAUCCUGACAGUUCUCAUUUUAGUGCAUAUCCUAUGUUGGACUUUAUUCAUUAAAGGGAUACUAUAGUCUUAGGAAUACAAAUCUGUAUUCCUAACACUAAAGAGCCCUCCGUUCCCCGCCUCACCUGCCCUAUCCUUACCAUUUAAAGGAUUUAAAACUCUUUAGCCACUUACUCGAUUCCAGCGCCAAUGUCAUCAGAUGCGGGAAGGUGUGCAUGCGCGGCGAGUAACGCAAACACUAGAGGCAAUCAUAGUCCUGCAAUGUAAUUACUGCAAUUGCUAAAAAAACUGGAAUGAUUUACAAUGCAGGACUAAGUGGAACUGGGACACUGCACCCAGACCACGUCAAUGAGAUGUGCAAAAAUUAGGCCACAGAUUUGGAAAAUUUAAAAGUUCAGUGUUAAAUGAAUAAAGGUGUUAAUUAACUUAAAGGGACAUAAACACAACACAACAGCUGUAGUAGUAGGUGCAGGUCAACUUUGGCACAUCAGCUUUUGUCAUCCCAGAUUGUCAGUGUCUGCCUAUGUGUGAUGGUAGCUGUGCUCAUCAGCAUCCAAUGCAGGAAGAUCUGUGGAAUUCAAUUCCUGCCAUGCUUAGGUUUGAUGGAAGUGGUGGUCCCUGUUUAAAAAUUAAAAUAAAAAAUACUGCUUGUUUCUGAUAAAUAUGUAAAUCAGUUUGAAAUAGUUAUUAGAAAAUGUUAAUAACUACAACUUAAUUAAGAAGUAUUGGUGAAUAUAUUAUACUCCUGCAAUCUAACAAUUAGCAGCCCUCCCCACCCUCUUCCCAGCGUACAUAGUUACCCUCAGCGACAAUCCCUAUCGGGGGCACUAUCUGAAAACUCGAUCACAUGACCAGAUCAGCAGUUUAAAGCACCUCAUGUAGGUGUACUGACUCAGUUGUCAGGCAGAUCCCCUUAACAUGUAGUAAUAAUGGAAAAAAAACAACAAAAAAACACAAUUAAAGGAACACUAUAGUGACAGGAAUUCCUGUCAAUAUAGUAUUAAAACAGCAGUUAAGGUCCCCGAACUCCCUUGGCACUCUUUAAAAAAAAAAAAAAAAGUAUACAUUUUACCUUUAUUCCAGCGCCGAGUGGGUCUUAUACAUCCCAGGGUAUUUCAAAAGGCAUAUUUUUAACCUUAAUGUGGGAUCAUGUUUUCGCUAGUUUGUUCCAGGUGUAAGGGUAAUUUUUUAAACUGUUUUUACUUUGUAAAACGUUUUUUAAACUUUUUUUUCCGCUUUUAAAAUUUUUAUAAACUUUUUUUUUCUUACUGUUCAACCCUAACUAGCCUAAGAGUAAAUUCCACAAUUUCCUGCUAACUCCUACCCACCCCAGCUAGGUAAAUAUAUCAUUAAAAUACUUAAUUAAAAAAAUUUAAUCCCUGAAGAUUAAAAAUAAAUAAAUAAAUUAACCCUCAGGGGUUAAAAAAAGUAAUAUAACCAUAAAAUACGGUGAUCUGUAUUUUGAUCACUGCAGUCUGUGAUCAAUUGGCAGGGAAGGGGUUAAUUUGAAAAAAGCAUGGUAAAGGGGGAGGGUGGGAUUUAAGUUUUUUUUUUUUAAACUUUUUUUUUACACAGGGAGAACAUCAGUAGCACUGAUCCGUCUCCCUGCACGUCACACUGAACACGGAAGCAGGGAGGCGGAUCAGGAGUCUCUGCAGCACAUGUGCACGCCCUGACAGGCUGUUGGAGCAGUCACAGCUGAGCACCGUUAACACUGCAAUUGUGGCGAUCUGGGGUUAACUUUAGUAAAUUAUGGAAAUUUUUCAUCAUACGUCCUUAACGGUAUGAAGGGGUACAAUUAGUAGGUUUUGUUUAGCCAGAACCUGAACAAUUGCCUCAGUCUCUAAGGGGCUAAUUUUGUUUUUGUUCAGCCUCCCUACGUAUCCUUUAUUCCUAGAGGGUUUAUUUUUUAAUUCUCCUCCCUUUGCCCACUCCCUGAGUCUCUCUCUAAAUUUCUCCCUCCUUCCAUCUUCUAGUUGAGAAAUUCGGUUCAAUCAAAUGCUUCUCUAUGAGAAAUUUGUAUUGCACCACUGGAGGUCCAAUAAUGGAUCUGGCAUGGAAAACCACGCAAGGAACUUCGCCUGGAACUGGAUUCCCCCCCCCUUUAACAGCUGAACGACAAUAUAAUCACUAAUGCCCAAUAAGGUCACACAGUACAGAGUGCUUUGUAAACACCAUUUGCUGUGUGAUUGCGGAAUGAGAGACAGAUCUGACCCAAAAAACAAAUGUGAGGGAGGCUGAACUUGAUGGAUGCAUGUCUCUUUUCAGCUAUGUAACGUUAAAGUCCACUCUGUAGGAUAUCAUGACAUUUAUUUAUAAAAUCUUUUAUGUCCUAAUGUCCCUUAUUUUAAUAGAUCUGGAGAAGUUAAUUUAAAGUAAACAUACUGUGCUGUAAGAUCUGAUUAAAAAUUAAACCUGUUUUUUCAAUGGAGACUGUGGGAGUCCCAGCCAGGAGGAGUUGUGGCUAGAUCUGCAUAAAUCGAUAAAAUGGUGAUUUAACUGCCUACAUGGCAGAGAAUAUAGCUGUGAAACUACAGAGGCAUUCCAUGUAUACCAAACCUGCUUAAAGGACCACUAUAGUGCCAGGAAAACAUACUUGUUUUCCUGGCACUAUAGUGCCUUGAGGGUGCCCCACCCUCAGGGUCCCACUCCCGCCGGGCUGGAUGGCAAGGAAAGGGGUUAAACUUACCUUUUUUCCAGCGCCGGGCGGGGAGCUCUCCUCCUCCUCUCCGCCUCUUCGGCUGAAUGUGCAUGCGCGGCAGGAGCUGCGCGCGCAUUUAGCCAGCCUCAUAGGAAAGCAUUCAUAAUACUUUCCUAUGGAUGCUUGAGAAGCACGCAAACGCCUCUAGCGGCUGUCAAUGAGACAGCCACUAGAGGCUUUAGAGGCUGGAUUAACCCAUUUAUAAACAUAGCAGUUUCUCUGAAACUAUGUUUAUUAAAAAAAAGGGUUAAUCCUAGAGGGACCUGGCACCCAGACCACUUCAUUAAGCUGAAGUGGUCUGGGUGCCUAGAGUGGUCCUUUAAUUAAGCUAAAAUUAAUUUGUUGCUCAGAUUUCCCCUUUUUAUGGAAAUUGUGAAUGCACUCUAACUCAUUUACCUGUGAAUAUCUUUGACCGAUAAGUUGUGCUUCCAACGUAUUUUUGUAUUUUUUUUUUUUUUUUUAUAUUCUAUCUCUCCAAAAAUGAUGAGAGCACUCAAUGGUUUUGUGAAGUGAAAUAAAAUGUAUUCACAAUUGCAAAUAAAAUACCAACGUUUUGGCCGACAAUGAUGAGUUUAAAAAAAAAAGAAAAGAGCAUUGGUGUGACAAUGGAUUGCCAAAGAUGCUUGACUGUUCCCUUCUUCACACAAUGCCAGGUUACAUUUUCUCUAAAAUAUUUCCAAAAGUCUUUUCAGACAGAUUGAAAGACCAAAGUGGAAUCCUUUAUGUGAGAGAAAUUGGUCACUGUCUUGUUGCUAAACAUUGUAGGUACCAAUUAGUGAAUAAGAGUGUCUUCUCUACCUGAAACUUGAAGGCUUGAUCAAUUGACUUUCUAUUUUAUGAAUAUAUCCUGCAAGAGUAAUAUAGUUUGUCAGAAUCUCUGUAUGCAUUCGUGGACUUUCUAGCCACAGCCAAGGCAAUUGUAAUGCAUUUAAAAUGUUCUUAACAAUAAGGGAAAAGAAACGGAAAGAAGAAAAGGGUAUUUAAUAUCAAGAUGCUAUUCCCUCCCUGAAAACUUCCCUCAAACCCUAAGAUUAAUCAAUCACAACAGGCCUCAAUAUCUCCCGUUUAAUUUCUAUUUUUUGAUGUUCGUGAAAUAUUGUAAAUGUUUUUUUUUUUUCCAUAUAUGAAAUAUAUUGAAAAUUUAAAAUGGAAAUUUUUUUAUGGAAAUAUUUUUUGAUAAAAAAUAUUUCCUAACAAGUGAGAGGACUGUUCCAGAAAAGACCAUCUUAGUGGAUUUAACCCCUUAAGGACACAACUUUUGGAAUAAAAGGGAAUCAUGAUGGAAUAUUUCUGUCAUGUGUCCUUAAGAGGUUAAGGACUGAGGCAGUUAUACAAGUUCAGAUCAAAACAAUAUUUGCUUGUGUGUGAAAAAAUGCAAAAAAUGCAAGCCUUGUAUUUGACUCUGAUUUUUUUUAAACAUCAUAAAACCUGUACAAAUCGGGUACUGUUAUACUCAAGAGACUUAGCUGAACAGAAAUAUUAGUGUUUCAAAACAGUAAAACGUAUCACGAUAUCGUCAGUGAAAGUGCCCUUCGUGUGUGAAAAAUGCAAAAAAAUGGCACUUUCACUCACAAUAUCAUCUUGGUGAUAUGUUUUACUGUUUUGAAAUACUAAUAUUUGUUUUCAACGAAGUCUCCUGAGUAAAAUUGUACCCCCACUGUCCCCCAAUGUACAGGUGUUAUGGUGUCUUGGAAAGUUACAGGGUUAAAGCGGCACUGUCAUGCCAAACUUGCCUUUCCUCAACCGCUUCCUCUUCUCUCCCUCUCUCAGGAUCUGUUCUCCUUUUCUUCCUAUCUGCUCUAGUUUUCUUUAAAACAUAAGUAGGGACUAUUUUUUUUUUCUCAUGUAUUUUUACUACGCUUGCCCAGCUUUGACCCAGGGGAGGAGCAAAGUCCGCUCCAUUUCCUGUAGUCAAAGCAAUUUUCCCACAAUACUCACCUCUUCCCCCUGUGUUCUCGUGCUGUUUCAUUCGGCAUUAGAAUGCUGGCGAAACUACCGAAUUUCAUCCUAACAGAAUGAGAAGAGUUUGUCCAUUCGUGUUAGGACGCAGUUCGGGACUUUUUGUUCGAAUUGGAAUUUCAUUUGAAUGAAUUAAACUCCGAUCCUAUUUGUGCCGCGAGUGUGUGUGUGUGUGUGUGUAUAUAUAUAUAUAUAUAUAUAUAUAUAUAUCUAUCCCCCGCGCAGUCACCAGUAAUUGGCUUUACCUAUGGAUGAUCUUGCAGGAUCAUCCAUAGACCUCAAUGCUGUACUCUAAAGGAGCUGCUGGAAAAAAGAUGGGUAACAAGGGACAGGUUCAGAUAUGUAAAACUCACUUUUAGCUCCCAGCCACCAGAUCCCUAGUGGCAAUGUCACCGUACAAAUUCUACAAAUUAUUAUAAUUGAAGUAAGAAUUGUGUUUCACAAUUUUAGAUUGAUGCUUUCAUGUUGGAAAACUACAAAUCAUAAUCACUAUCUACUGGAGGCUCCACUACAAACAAGUGAAAGAUACCAUGAUGAUGAACAAAGAUAAAAAUGAGAUGUCAGAGAGGAUCUUGAAUCUAACUCUGGAGAUCAUUUACCUGCUGACUGGAGAGGUGAGGACCCUGAUUGUCACUAUGUCAUAGUAACUGGUAUAAUCAUCACUGAGAUUGUACUGGUUUCUAAAUUCACUUCAGUAGAGACAGGUAUAAUCUUUUUUUUUUUUUUUCAUUUAUUUUAUUUUAAUUCAACACAUAUAAAAAAUAAUUUUCAUCUACAGUGAAAGUCACCAUUUUCUUCAUAAUACAUAUCAUAUAGAAAUAUUUAUAUUACACAAUUCUCAAUAAUCCAACUCAUUUCACUUUGAAAGAGAAAUGUUAUCACAGAGAUUGAACCUAUGUAACAUAAUAACAUCAACUGCCAAGUGAGCUGAAACUCUACUUAACAGAUCACCACCCUCUUAUAUCCAGGUGCAAUAUGCAAAAUUCUGUGUAGUCAACCCUGUAUCUUACUUAAACCUGAAACAUUUCUGUAUUGACUAACUUGGCAUCAUAUACCAUUACUACUACACAAGACAUAACUCACAUUGCAUUGCAUAAUCUCCUUUAGGUAAUUUCAGUGGACCCUCUAUUAUAUUACUUCCCAGUGUAAUAAACCAAGAGAAAUAAUCUAAACUCUCCAUCCAGGGAUUUAUGUAUCUAAACUCUCCAUUCUUUUUCUCCAGAAAUUACUGAUCUCUCUGAUUUUGUUUGACUAGUAUCAUAAGGCCUCCAUAAUUAAUUGAUACUGAACUUGUGAAUACAGUUGGGCCUGUGUAAAAUUAUCGCUGCUCUUCGAACUCCUAGCUAUUAUUAUUUUUACUGCCGCCACAAAGUGGACAUAUAUGAAUCUAUCUUUAAAAUGAAGUGAUUGUAGAUUUCGAUGGAACAAGCCAUUAUAAGGACCUAUAUGGAUACUUCUCUCUGUUAUGUAUUCCAGUGCCUCAAAGGCCAUAUACCACAACCUUUUCACCUUACCACAUUCCCACCAGAUAUGGCCAAAAGUCCCUUCCGUCUCACUACAUCUCCAACAGGUUGGAGAAUUGGAGGUAUACAUUUUAGUCAAUCUGGUGGGGUCCAAAUACCAGCGAUUCAUCAAUUUAAACAGUACCUCCAGAAUACUCAGACAGUGGAUAGCUUUACUAGUUUGUGUUAACACUUGAUCCCAUUCUGUCUUAAAAAUCUGUGUGUUUAGCUCUUUUUCCCACUUCUGCAUAUGCAUUCGUAAUUGGUGCUUCAAUCUGAAGAAGAGCACUUCUUGCUUUUGAGGCUAUUUGAGACACUUUCUCAUUGUUUAAUAGAGCAGUUAAUUUUUCUAAACCCGCUAUAGGUCGAACUAACAGAAAUUGUUUGAUGAAACCUCUGAUCCUUAGGUAAUUAUACCACUCCUUCCUUGGUAGCCAAAAUUCUUGUAUCAGCCUCUCAAACGGCUUGAUCUUAUCUCCUAGUAUUAUUUGUUUAAUAUGAUUUAUGCCUUUCCUUGUCCAGUCAUUCGUAUUUAUAUCCUUCAUCCGUACCUGUAUAACACUAAAAUUGAAAUUUCCCAGUAUUUUAUUGCCAAUUCCGCUGCUAAUCUUCAACCUUUCCUAUUCCAACAAGAUUGAUUUCAAACAAUUAUUUAAAGAACAGACUUUCUUAAUUCUCUCGUCUCGAUUAGUCAUUAAUAUCAAUUGAUGCAAUUUAUCCGUUUCGGACAUCUCCGUUUCUAAUUGAUACCAACCCUCUUCCUCAGAGCUUGGGAGUUGCGUCUUAUAGAUAUGGAACAUCAUAUUAGCUAAAUAGGUAAGGUUCACAUUUGGAAAAUUUAUACCUCCAUUCCUACUCUUCUGCAUCAGAAGUUUUUUAUUCAUUCUUGGCCUUUUUCCUUUCCAUAUGAAAUUAAUGAUAUCUCGUGGUAUCAUAGCUAACCAUGGUUGGGGCAUUCUUAAAGGGAUCAUGCGAAAGAGGUAGGACCAUUUGGGGAGUAAAGAUGAAUUGAUCAAGUUAAUUCUUCCCCACCAAGAUAAUUCAACCUGUCGCCAUUUUUUAAAGACUCGUGGGUUAAUCUAUAUAUAUUUAGAUAGUUAAUUUGCAUCGUGUAACGGCACCCCUUGGCAUAAAAGGGUUCAACCGCCGUUUAGUAGAUCUUCCCUUCCAGAGACACAGGCACAGCUACUGCAGAACACCAAUCCGCCGAACAGGAAACCAUAUGAAUGCUGUAAACAGCCGAAUAGGAAAAAACAUACGAAUAGGUUUACACUCCUAGCAGUCGAACUGGAACAGCAUACAAUAAAUCCCCCCAAGAAUGAGACAGAGCUCCGUGUUGAGGGUCAAGCAGUGAACAGUCAGAGCUGUGGGUUUAUUGUGCUUAUGUACACAUUCUUACACAUUAGUACCACCCACAGGGUUUUGGAACACAUACAAUACACUCAGACACUCCCACACAAAAUCCUCCCCUCUGCCUGUAAUACAAUUACCUUACACAAUGGGUAAUGUAAUUAUAACAAGCAGAGAAAUACAAUUUUUCCACAUUAUUCAUAACUUGAAAAGUAUGCAUCACAUUCACAUAAAACUUACAUUUUCAGAAUCAGCAUACUCCAAAUACAAACAUAUGUAUUUUGUUGGUAAUCUUAAAAAGAUUUCCUAUUUACCAACCGUUAUUUCUUGUUUGAGAGAGAAAAAAAAAACACUGUCCUCUUCCGUCCACCCUCCUUCAAAACAUCUUCUAUCAUUCUAUUGUUACGCUGCUCCAAACAUUUGUUUUUCUUCCAUCCACUUUCUCAGAGAGUCCGAAGUUAUACAUUUUUCCGUCUUCUCUUGCCAGAAGAUCCUAUGGCAGUUGGGAAAUCCCCAUGUGUAUUUCACUUCUCUUGCUCUUAAAGUGGACAACUCCUGGCUAAAACCUCUUCGCCAUGUUCUUGUUUGAAAUGAUAAAUCUGAGAAUAUCAGUAAGUCCUUAAACCUCUCUUCUAGUGCAGGUUUGUUUUUUUUAAUGACCCCAUUAUCUUGUUUUUGAGGUAGAAUGAUUGAAAUUUGACUAUUACACCUCUUGGUGAGGAUUCUGCUAUAUUUUGAGGUCUAGGGAGUCUUUGGAAUCUAUCUAUUUCAGAAUCUUUUAAUCCAGUUUCAGCUAGUAGCAACUCAAAGUAAUCCAUUAGAAUUUUUUUCAGCAUUAUGUCAUUAACGGUUUCAGGGAUUCUGAUAUUGGAUCUCCUAGAGCGAUCUUCUGAAUCCUUUAGUUUACCCUCUAGUUGUUCCACUUUCAGCUGCAAGUCUGUCAUAGUUGUCUGUAUUUGAUCAUAUUUUAAUUCAGUUUGCAUCAUCUUGGAUUCUAUGGAUCCUAAUUUUUCUAGCAUACUUCUUAGUUCCUGCUUUAAAUCUGACGACCCUUUCGGAAUAUCUUCUUUAAUAUUCUUCAAAAGUUUAUCUAAAUAAUUUAUUAGGAUCUCUUCAGUUAGAGAUUUACCUGCUUGUUCGUCUAGAGGGGGAAUUGGAGUUAAAUUUAGAAGGGCAUGAGGUACCCAGAGUUUCCAAAAUCGAGAUUUAUUUUGAGAAGGGGAGAAAUAUCCUGACAAUCUUUUCUCUGGAAUGGAAUCUUUUUUUUUCUUCUUUUUUUCUCUUAUCUUCCUGUGUUGUUUUUUUUUUGGAUGCCAUUCUGUCGAUUUUUUUUAUUUUUUUUAUUUUUCUUUGCAAUAUUAUUAUUGCUUCAAAUACUACAUUUCAAAGCCCACGGGAACAAGGAGAAAUUUAUAAUUAAUACUGCGUGUUUGAAAACCAUUCAAUAUGGAGACUUGCAGCUAUUUACAAUUUGAUAUCUCGUUAACCCGUUUAACCAAGAAUGUGGGUUUUGUAAAUUUAUUUGCCAGAAAUUUAGCAAGAUAUAAAUGCAUUCAGAGAAAUCCAGAUUCUAUAUUUUGCUUAAAUUAUUGCGCAUUUUUAACCUUUAUAUAUCUCUUUUUAUUUAUUUUUCUUUCCUUAUUCCUCCCCCCCUUUCCUUCCUCUUUUUUUCCAAUCAACAUAUAGAAAGUGCACUUAUCUUUUACUGUGUCUUGCUGUUAUUAGUGUUUCGCCACUCCUCUCUUAUCCUCCUCUCCGAAUUCUCGUAAUCCUCCUCUGUUCCGACCUCUAACAUCCACUGAUAGCCUGAAGUGUUUAGUCGCUGGUAUUCCACAGCCGGCGUCGGCGUCUCCUCAAGCAGCGUGGAUCUUCGCCGGCCACCCUUCCACCAUAUCGCCCCUCCUCUCACGCAAAUGUUCGAGCGCGCCUACGUCAUGACGCUUCCCCCCCGACAGGUAUAAUCUUAAUAAAGAACAUACCUUGCAAACCAUGAGACCAGUAACAUGCAUUUAUCACACAGAAUGGUGGAAAUAUUUGGUUAUAUUUAGUGUUUUAACCACUUUGAGAUGUCCAACCUUUGUGAGUGAAUGAGGCAGCAAGGUAAGGAUGGCACCAUUGCAGCAUCACUGGGUUUCUACAUCCUUUAUUGGGGCAUAGGAUUAGUAGGCUAGUUUCUUAUCGAUUAUGGGGUCCCUGGGAUGUUCUUCAGCUGUAAAAGAGAUAACUCUAAGCUACAUGAAGGGUAAAGAACAGUCACUCUGCAACUUUUAAUUUUAUUUCAACCUAGUUUUUUUACAUGUGUGUAUAAAAAUGUGUGUGUGUGUGUGUGUAUAUGUGUGUGUGUGUGUGUGUGUAUAUGUGUGUAUAUAUAUAUAUAUAUAUAUAUAUAUAUAUAUAUAUAUAUAUAUAUAUAUAUAAAAUCUAUCGCAGUGAUGAUGUGACCAAUCAGAACACAGGUAAACCUAUUUAAAGCUUGCUCUGGCCCCUAUUCUUUGCCCUAUUGUGGUUUCUUGUUAGAUCCUUGUUUAGUGCUCCUAGAGAUUCCCUUGUGAUUUCCUGUAUUUGAUCUGUGAUUUCUGUUAUCUGUUCUCCAGUCAAAGGGAUAUCAUGUGCAAAGCGAAACCAGCAAAGUGGCUGAAAGCCCUAUAAGCAGGGCCUGGCAUUAAGUGUAUAAGUGAAACCAUACCAUAAUCUUUAAUCAGGGAUAAUAAAGCCAGUAGUGUUUUAGCUGGGUGAGUAACCUAGAGUAAGAUAUCAUUUGCACAGGUGCUAACUUUUUUUAUUUGGGACUCUCCCACUCUCCCAUCUGAAUUCCAUGAAUUGAGGUGCAGUAAAGGCUCUAACGCCAGGACAUAGAGGAACGGGGAAAGAGGACUGCCCUGUCUCGUACCAUUAGUAAUUUGGAACGGUGUUGAUAGGAAGUCUCCUUGAAGAACUUGCGCUGAGGGGGAAGCAUAUAGAGCAAAGAUUUGCCGUAUUGUUUGGGGAGGGCAUGUUUUUUAUCUGAACUUGUCCCAGGAAGGCCCAACCGAGACGGUCAAAUGCAUUUUCUGAAUCUAGUGCUAAAAGGAGACAGCAUCGGUCAGACCUCCUCAACUAUGUGAGAAGUAGGGACAGUUUGCGGGUGUUGUCAACACCCUGCCUUCCCAGAACAAAGCCAGUCUGUCAUCAUGAACUAGGCUCGGUAUUAUUGUACUCAGCCUGUUCGCUAGGAUCUUGGCAUAAAUCUUCGCAUCCGUAUUCAGAAGCGAAAUGGAGCGGUAGUUCUUACAUAUUUCCGAGGAUAUGUCUGGUUGCUCUAUUGUACACCUCUAGCAAGUGGGGUGCAAGUGUUUUGGCAAAGUUUUUGUAGUACGAAUUAGGAAGCCCAUCAGCUCCAGGGAAUUUGCCUGUGGGUAGCCUUUUGAUAGUGUCUAUUAUUUACUCUGUAGUGAUGGGAUGUAGAAAGGUCUCCUUAUGUCUCUAGUCAAUCUGAGGUAGUUUAAGGGGCUGGAGGAAGGUUAUGACCUCCUUAUCUGUUGGUGUGUGAACAGUCUGGUCUGUGUGCAGGUUAUAUAACACAGAGUAGAAUGUAGCAAAUUCCUUGGUGAUGGCCUGUGGUCCCAUGUGUUUAGUACCAUCCCAUCCCACUAUGUGUGCUACUCUAGUUAUAGCAGGUUCUGUUCACCAAGGCUCUCUUGACUUUCCCUGUAUUAUUAUUAUCGCCAUUUAUAUAGCGCCAACAGAAUCUGUAGCGCUUUACAAUAUUAUGAGAGGGGGGAUUUAACUAUAAAUAGGACAAUUACAGGAAAACUUACAGGAAUGAUAGGUUGAAGAGGACCCUGCUCAAACGAGCUUUCAGUCUAUAGGAGGGGGGGUAUAAAACACAUUAGGACAGGAAAUGGCAAUCACAUUGUUACUUUACUGAAAAGAUUGAACAGCUAAGAUUCUCCCUACCUUGCCAUUCUCUUUCUAAACCACACGUACAUCAUGCCUUUCCUACCCUUCAUACUUUCUCUCCGGCUACUGAACAAGAGGUGGCUGCGCUUCUCCUUUCCUCUCGUCCCACCACUUGCUUGCCUGAUCCUGUCCCAUCUCACCUUAUCAGAUCUCUCUCCACUUGUCUUGUGCCUUUCUUAACGUACAUCUUCAACUGUUCUCUCUCUUCUGGCAUUGUCCCUGCUGACUUUAAACAUGCCACUGUAGUACCUAUCCUGAAAAAAAAAUCUCUUGACUCGUCCUCCCCCACUAUCGUCCUAUAUCCCUGCUUCCUUUUUCUUCAAAGCUUCUGGAAAGACUUGUCACUUUCUCAUUGACUCUCUUCAAUCUGGCUUCCGCUUUCUCCACUCUACUGAGACUGAGCUUGUCAAAGUUACUAACGACCCGAUCGCAGCUAAAUCCAAAGGCCACUUCUCAAUACUAAUUCUUCUUGACCUCUCUGCUGCCUUUGACACCGUUUAUCAUGCUCUCCUUCUUCAAAAUCUUCAAUCACUCGGUCUCUGUGACUCUGUCCUCUCGUGGUUUUCCUCUUCCCUCCCAACGCUCAUUCAGUGUCUCCUUUUCUAAUGAUACAUCCUCCCCUCGUCCUGUCUCAGUUGGAGUCUCCCAAGGCUCUGCCCUUGGUCCCCUUCUAUUAUCUCUUUAUGCUGUCUCUCUUGGCAAACGUAUUACCUCUUUUGGAUUCCACUACCACCUGUACGCUGAUGACACCCAGAUAUAUCUCUCCUGCCGUCCUACAACAUGCCACUGCUUGCCUUUCUUCCAUCUCUGACUGGAUGUCCUCCCGCUUUCAGAAACUCAAUCUCUCUAAAACUGAGCUCCUUGUCUUUCCUCCUCCUAAUACUGAUCCUCUUCUCUCACUCUCUCUUCAAGUUAGUGGCAUCCACAUAAGUACAUCCUUGCAAGCAUGCCGUUUGGCAUCAUACUUGAUUCUGGCCUCACCUUUGAGCCUCACAUCCAGUAUGUUGCCAAAUCCUGUAGAUUAAAUCUUAAAAACAUAGCCCGCUUCCGCCCCUUUCUUAAGCAAGAUGCUACCAAGGAGCAUAGUAAUGCUCUAGUAAUUUCCCACAUGGAUUAUUGUAACCCUCUCCUGGUCUUCCCAAAAGCCGUAUUGCACCGCUACAGUCUGUAAUAAAUGCUGCCGCCAGACUGAUUUUCCUCUCUAGUCAGUUUUCACACACCUCACCCCUCUGUCAGUUCUUCCAUUGGCUUCCUGAAUCAAUUCAAGGUACUAAUUCACACCUAUAAAGCACUGAACAAUUUUAACCAAAGGUUUGUCCCUUCUUGGUCUCUCCGCUCUGCCCGUGACCUUCUCCUGUCCGUUGUGAUCAGAGAGGUUGUGAUCAGAGAGAGGAAAUGGAGUGUUGCAGAUAUUAGAUACUGUACAUGCAUAAGAGGAAAUGAGGUUGAGGGUAUUGCCAGCUACAUAGGUUCGAGAAUUAACCCACUGCGAUAACCCGAGGGAAGAAGUAAUUGAAAGUAGUUUAUAGGCUGCUGAGUUCAAAUGGGGGUUAAUGGGAAUAUUGAAGUCCCUGAGAAUUAGGGAUGGAAUAUUAGAAGAGUGGAAGUAGAGUAACCAUGCAGAAAAGUGGUUAAGGAAGAGUAGAGGGGAACCGGGGGGGAAGGAGGAAGAGGGGGGGGUGUUAAUUGGGAUAAUGAGGCAGGAGUAGCAGUAUCAGAGGGAGAGAGCCAUGUUUCCGUUCAUGCAAGUAGGUUUAGGGAGUGUGAGAUAAAUCGGUCAUGGAUGGAAGUUGAUCUAAUGGUGCGGUAGCUGAGUCUAUGUAGGUAGUAAUUGGUGUUAACCGAAUUAAGUUCAAGUAGAUCAUUUUGUAGGGUGUUGAGUUUCAAUAAUAAGUCCGGUGAGGGCUGAAUUUUGUUUCGCGAGGAGACGGAAGCUAGCUGUCUAUAGCACUCCAUGAAUGCAGAGUGGUGUUUUCCCUUUUUUUUUUUUUUUUUUUUUAAAUGAGGCCUGUCUAAAUAAACAAGCCCAUGACUUCUGCCUUGUGGACUAACUAUACCGUCUCUGGCGAGACUUCGCCCUGGGCGUUGGUUUGGAAAUAAUUUGUCAACUCCCGGCCGAUGUUUUAUACAAAGGUCUCAUCUGCAAGCAAUGACUCAUUGAGCCACCAACUGCCCCUACCUUUGUAUUGAAAGGUGUCUUGGAGAUCUAGAAACACUAUUAUGUUUCCUAUACUACAUUCUGACAAUUAAGCAAGAGAAUGGUUAUCUAGAAAGAACGUGUCUAUUCUAGUGUAGGUAUUAUGCAUCCAGGAAUGGAAUGUAAAGUCUCUUUCUGACGGAUGGAGGAUUCGCCAAGCGUCAAAGCAGUUUAUCUAGUCAUUAGCAGAGAGAAAUCAAUUGCCUUUUUCUACAUUUUGUGGGGGUGGCUGAGAAAUCUGUCGAGGGGGAUUAGAUAAAUUUAAAGUCCACGCAGAAAAUUACGCCCCCCUGUUUGACCUCAUCUAUUUUGCAUAGAGAGAGACUAUAGGUAGUUGCAUGAGUUGGUGUUCGGAAAAUACGCCGAGAUCAGUGUAUAAGGAACAGAAGUUAUUAAUUUUUUUUUUUUCAUAUAUUUCUUCUUUCUGACUAUUAAUGACCAAAAAAUACAAAAAGUCAUAGAAAAAAUUGACCGUACAAAACAUUCUCAUGCUGAACAGUCAAUAUAAAAACACUCCACCAUUCCGUAAGAUCACACAUUCCCAAUAUGUUACUUUCCUUUUUACUGAGAGAGAGGAACAUAUAAAACUACAUACAUUUCUGGCAUGGCAGCUUCUAGAGAAAUUAAAUAUCAUCACAUCUUAUUCUAGGGUAUUUAUUUAUCAUGCUCACUCAGGGAUACUUUUUAUCCAGAGGUCCCAUUUAUAAUUCCUCUUCAGAGUAAAAUUUUAUUGAAAUUUAAUUGUUCUCUUCAUUGUUAUACUGUCUUAACUGUUGAAUACAUUUAAUUCCCACGUGUUUCAGGUGCCUUAAACUAUCUAUACAUAGAUUGUACUGGGUGGGCUGCCUACCGCUAAUUCUCUCACCCUCUGGGUUUGACGGGUGGCUUGGGACCUAUUGGCGGCCCCCCUGAUUGGAAUUUGCAGUCACCCCCCCCCCCCAAAAAACUCUCGUCCAUUAAUGCAAGAGGCAUCAAUACGCCUAAGAAAAGGUCUCUAGCUCUAAGAGACUUUAAGUCCCACAAAGCCCAUAUAGUCUACAUCCAGGAAACACAUUUUCUGGGGGUUAGUGCCCCGAAACUGACCAAUCACUUAUAUCCACAGGGCUAUUAUGGUAAUAACUUGGAAAGGAACCGCAAUCCUCAUUCAUAAAUCGAUCCCAUUCCAACACAAAGACACCCUCAUAGGCAGAUACAUAUUUAUUAAGGGGACAAUCUUAGGUCAGAUGUAUACCCUGGCCAACAUUUAUGCUCCUAAUUCCUCCCAAGGCAAGUUUCCAAAGGCUACACUCCGCUCACUAGUACCAUUCAUAGGGGGCCUUCUAGUUCUCGGGGGGGUGGGAGGGACUUUAACAUCACUUUAAACCCUAAGGUUGAUACUUCCGUGGGAACCUCCACUAUCCCAGACCAUGUUUUACAGCUGCUCAAAAACCUUCUCCAUUCCCACCAACUGUUUGACUGCUGGAGGGCUCUACACCCCGAAGGCAGGGACUACACUCAUUAUUCCAUCCCACAUGUCAGAUACUCCAGACUGGACUACUUUUUUUAUUCCACACUACUAACUUCACUUAGUACAACACAUAGACAUAGGCGUGACGACUUGCCCCACUGACCAUGAUCUUAGCCACCCCUCUGCCGACCUCGCACCGUAAACUGGAGACUCAAUGAAACACUUCUAUCUGACCCACUUGUCCUACAGGAUGCCAUCAAGACAAUGAGACCGCUGAUACGUCGGCUCCAAUGGUCUGGGAGACGCAUAAAUGCGUGAUCAGAGGUUAUUUUAUAGCCAAAGGGGCUGCUUUGAAGAGGACUAGGGAAAAGAAAAUUAACGAUCUUAUUAACGACAUUCACAUAAUAGAGACGACUCCUAAAGCUGACCAAACUCUGACCAGCUUCCAGGAACUAGCCGCAUCGCGAGGCAAGCUAGCUACCCUCCUGCAUGGCCGCUAUCAACGACAACUUCAGUGCUUGAAAACAUACUUUUAUGUUAACGGUGACAAAUGCGUUAGAUUGCUGGUUCGACUCAUUAAUAAGAAGAACAGAUUUUAUAUAGCGAUCAUCAAGGCUUGACCCAACGGCUGCCAGACAAGAUCGCUACAAUUGCGCGCUCGUACUAUGAGAGCCUAUACUCCCGAGAGCCGCCAGCUGGGUGCGGCCCACAGCUAUCUCAACGCACGUCCGUGCGAGAAUACCUGGAAGCUAACUUCCACUCGAAAUUAACAGUGGAAGUGAUAGAAGCCCUAGAAACACCUCUGACUAUUGAAGAAUUGGCGGAGGUGGUUAAAUCCACAAACACGGAUAAAAGCCUGGGCCCAGACGGACUCACGCUGCGCUACUAUAAGCAAUUCGCGGGCGUCCUGUACCCGCACUUCCUGAAAGCCUAUAACUCGCUCAGGUAGGGACAGAGACUGCCCACCCAAACCUCACCCUGAUCCCCAAAGAGGGCAAGGACCUUGAGCAGUGUGCUAAUUACAGACCCAUAUCACUCCUAAGCAAUCACUUGAAGCUGUUUACAAAGAUACUAGCAACCAGAGUGAAACCAUACGUGCCUAACCUAGUACAGGAGGAUCAGGUGGGUUUUGUACCCUACUAAGAAGCCAGAAAUAACACGACACAGGCGCUAGCAUUGAUUCAUCAGGCCCAGAGGAACAACGGGGGCCUCCUACUGCUCUCCACAGAUGCUGAAAAGGAGUUUGAUAGAGUAGAUUGGGGCUUCCUUAUGCAGACCCUGCAAGCCAUCGUAAUGGGACCGAACAUGCAUCACUGGAUUACAGUGCUAUAUGAUAACCCCACGGCAAGAGUGUGCAUUAAUGGCGCCUACACGGAACCUUUCCAAAUGCGGUGUGGAACUAGACCGGAUUGUCCACUAUCGCCGCUGCUCUUUGUCCUUGCCCUCGAACCAUUCCUCCAUGUGGUGAGGCAGAAUCCAGAUGUUAGGGGACUACAUGUGGGAAACAAAAUGCAUAAAGUGGCAGCCUACGCUGACGACCUGUUGUUCUUUGUGACCACACCUGAAACAUCACUUCCCAAUCUCAUGAAGGAAUUUGACAGAUACGGUGCUCUCUCUAACUUUAAAAUAAACUACUCAAAAUCAACAAUACUGAACAUCACAGUACCAAAACUGAGAACUGACGUGCUCCGCUUGAGCUUCCGGUUCCAAUGGUCUGAUGGAGCACUCAAGUACCUAAGGGUGUGGAGAUGAAUAUCUUUUCCAAGAAUUCUCUACUUGUUCCAAACGCUGCCUAUCAAAAUCCCACAAGCGUUCUGCACUUUGUUACGGUCGUUGGUGAUCAAUUACAUUUGGAGUCCUCACAGACCCAGGAUAAGCUACCAGACACUCUCCAGAUCAAAGGCAAAGGGUGCACUGGCUGUCUCCGAUUUCCUACUAUACUACCGCAUCUCCCACAUGCAGAGAAUACUGGAGUGGGCUAAAGACGGGAUAGACAAAUUAUGGAAGGGAGUAGAACAGGCCCAGACAGGUGGAUCAUUAACUGCCUUGACUUGGAUGAAACCGGAGGAAAGCAGGAAACUUCUGAAACAACAAGCAUGUGUAAAGGCCACCCUAGACAUAUGGCACAAUAUCGCACCAAAACUGGGCCUCUCAUCUUUCCCAUCACCCAUAUACCCCCUGACGAAUAACCCUGAAUUCCCCCCUGGGACAGAGAACAGAGCAUUCGCUUGCUUCUUUGCUUUCAAACAGGUUCUGAUUAGGCACAUGACAGUAGCCAACACACUCAGGCACCUCCCCGACCUCUUACAAGGUACCCCAGGCACGUUCCUACAUAGCCUGAAAAAUGAACAACUGAGACAGCUCAUACGCCAAAUACCUCAACAACCAAAUUUCUUCAGAGCUUUAACCCCAUUUUAACGAAUGUGUGUCAACCCAGACUCGCAACCUCACGCAAUCUCCAUCCUCUAUCCCCUCCUACAACAAAACUUAAAUCUCCCAGCACAAGCAUACAUGGGGAAAUGGCAAUUGGGGGGUCUUUCACACCACAACAGUGGGGGAAGAUAUGUGAUCUAGUACAGCAUUGCGCCUUAGCAAGUAAGACCCAAGAAACCGCAUUUAAAUGUGGUAUCGAACCCCGCAGGUCCUCCAGAAAAUAAACCUGUCACUAGAUGGGAAUUGCUGGCGCUGCCAUACGACCACUGGUUUGGUCCUCCACAUAUGGUGGGAAUGCCCAAAAGUCAAACCUUUUUGGAAAGAGAUUGACGCAGUCCUACGAAGGUUCUCUGAACUCAUCCCCCCCCCUUUCGUUCGGUCCCAUUUCUCUUACACCACACCAACAUGCCGACCGCCAAAUAUAAGAAAUCCCUGACAAUUUGGAUCUUAAAUACGGCCAAACAAGUCAUCCCCUUACACUGGAAACAAGACCUCAUACCGCCCCUCAUGGUCUGGUUUGACAAGAUGGAGGACUUGAGGAAACUGGAAGAACUGAUUUACUCAACACAAGACCGCUUUCAAUUUUAUGUAGGCACCUGGACACACUGGCUGACAACUGCUUAUAACACUGACUUUCAAAAGCUACUGACCUAUGAGACACAAGGAGAGUAGUUGACAUGGGGGAACAGGAAAGGGGGCUGCUACAAUGAGGGGUCCUGGGCCGCCAAACGAGAACUCAAGAGUUGCCCUAACGGAACAAAGAUACAGUGCUCUUCACACACUCUGACCUCUGUCUUCCCGUCCCUCAAGCUGAUGAUUCCUCCCCCGAGAGGGUAUUACUGAUGACCAUGAAAUGAACCUCAAAUCCCUCUCAGGCAGGUCCAAGGGGGACAUGACAACGUGUCCAUACCAACUCAGGAGGGACUCACGCAGGGACAGGGAAUAUGGCAACACGCUUGAAAUGUUUACACUCACCACUGACCAGUACAAUCCCACACCUGAAACAUAGAAGGGGGACAUUGGGUUUUACAUAGUACUAUAAUAUACCAGACUAUUUUAACUUGCUAACUAUGGACCUGCGCGUCCUGACCGGCUGAUAACGUUGGUCCUGCGAGACCUAUAAACAGUUGCUGAUGCGGAGCUGCGUGUCCACGAAUGUUGUUCAAAAUAUUUGCAUGUCUGAUAAAUAAAAUCUUAUUUGAAAAAAAAACAAAAAAAACUUAAAAGGCAGUUAAAUAACCCUAGGUGAUGCAAAAAGCCAAUGGGGCCCGUAAGACCCCCAUAUUACUAUAAUGACAUUUUUAAAUCUCCCUAUGCCCUUAUAUGCCAUGUGGCAGGUAAGGGAAUAUCUGCUAACUGUUUAAAACCAGUAACUAAGCAGCCAUUGCUGCCCAUCACUAGAAAUGUCCCAUUCCAUAGGGAUGUGGGCCUUUGAAAAUACAAUGGAUGGGGAAGCAUGGGCAUCAGGCAGUGGAGUUUACAAUAAGAAAUCACAGGCCACAGGUGGUGACUCUUUGAUAACAUUUAAAAAAAGCGGCAUCUCUCAUGCAGUACCACAAGCAGCCCCACACAUGCACAUACAUCACCAUACACACAAUGUGACACAUGCACUCAAAUACAAAACUGCAAAGCAACAGCACCACCCAUAAAUAACACAAGAUGAAUAUGGAAACAUACACACCUCAAUUUAGAAAAAUAGGACUGGCACGCCAUUUCAAACAUUCUUGAACCAUGGUUGGCUACAUGCCUAUCGCUCUGUGUGGUUCCCACUGUGUCUUCCACCAGGUCCCCACAGAGUUUUUACUUGUAGGUCCCUCCUUUAUGUAGUAGCUUGAACUGUAUAAAUGUCCUGUUUGAUGUUAUUAAAUAAGGCUGCUAAGUUAGAAUUUAUGAGCAGGUAUGAUGACGUAAGUCCGUAUGCUACGCUCCCACGCUGAGAGCAACACCAAAACACUGCAGAGUGAUCUGCCUCGUGAAACUGAUGCCUAAAGGGAGGUGAGACGCGGUGAAUCAAAUGCUCACAAUCCACAAGGAGAAAGCUGAGAACUGCGCCGAAAGGCAAACAAACCCUGCUGCACAGAACUUGAAGAUCCAGGUAAUAGAACUCCGAUGCUUGUAAAGAGCUCUGGCAACAAGAUAAAAGAUCCCGGGGGGUGCUGUGUGGACAGGAGAGAAUCUUUAAAGCAGCAUGAAGGGAAACCCAUUAAACUCCAGGCGCUCCCAUAAAGUAUUACAAAAGGUACAUUAUAUACUCGUGUAUAAGUAGAGUGCAGUUUUUUUGACCAACAAUUGUGAAAUAUGCUAUAAGUUGAGGGUAAAACUUGGGGCUAUGAAAUUCUGUGAUUUUUAUAAUGUCAGGUUUUUACCUUUCCCUGUCUCUCUCUCUCUCCCACACAUCUCUCUCUCCCACCUUUCCCUGUCUCUCUCUCUCUCUCCCUCCCCUGUGUUCUCCCUAUUUCUCCCUCUCCCCCUCCCCUGUGUUCUCCCUAUUUCUCCCCCUGUGUGUCUCUUUCCCUCUGCCUUUCUCCUCCUCCCCUUGUGUCUCUUUUGCCCCUCUGUCUCUUUCUCUCUCUUGCCCCAUCUCUCUCCCCCCCUUCCCCUUGUGUUUAUUUCUCCCCUUCACCACCCCCUGAAAUUGACCUUGUCUGACAGUCUGUCCGAUACCACAGGAGGACUGAGGGAGGGGGCAGAGUUGACUAUCAUGCUCCCACAAUUUCCAGCACAGCCAAAUCAUAGAGUAGUGAUUACUGUAUGAUGUGGCUGUGCUGGGAAUUGUGGGAACCGCGAGGGAGCAUGAUAGUCAGCUCUGCCCCCUCCCUCAUUCCUCCUGUGGUAUUGGACAGCUGCAUGGCUAUCGGUAUUGGUGAGUGUGCCGCUAGGCGGCCACCCGACCCGGCGGCACCACCAUGAUGCAUUACAGGAGUAGCGGCCACUGGCCGUAAGGUAACUAUGGAAUGCGGCCAGCCCCAUCAGUGUGCCACCGAACCGGCCACUCCGGCGGCACCUAUAUGUUCAUGCGUUGCCGCGAUGUUACCUUUCCCUGACACAUCUCUCUCUCCCACCUUUCCCUGUCUGUGUUCUCCCUAUUUCUCCCUCUCCCCCUCCCCUGUGUUCUCCCUAUUUCUCCCCCUGUGUGUCUCUUUCCCUCUGCCUUUCUCCUCCUCCCCUUGUGUCUCUUUUGCCCCUCUGUCUCUUUCUCUCUCUUGCCCCAUCUCUCUCCCCCCCUUCCCCUUGUGUUUAUUUCUCCCCUUCACCACCCCCUGAAAUUGACCUUGUCUGACAGUCUGUCCGAUACCACAGGAGGACUGAGGGAGGGGGCAGAGUUGACUAUCAUGCUCCCACAAUUUCCAGCACAGCCAAAUCAUAGAGUAGUGAUUACUGUAUGAUGUGGCUGUGCUGGGAAUUGUGGGAACCGCGAGGGAGCAUGAUAGUCAGCUCUGCCCCCUCCCUCAUUCCUCCUGUGGUAUUGGACAGCUGCAUGGCUAUCGGUAUUGGUGAGUGUGCCGCUAGGCGGCCACCCGACCCGGCGGCACCACCAUGAUGCAUUACAGGAGUAGCGGCCACUGGCCGUAAGGUAACUAUGGAAUGCGGCCAGCCCCAUCAGUGUGCCACCGAACCGGCCACCCGGCGGCACCUAAUGUUCAUGCGGCCGCGAUGUUACUGAAGCUGGCCACAGGGACUACUCUGAUACUUCCCUCGUAUAAAGAGGGACUCUGUAGGAUGGAAGAAUGAGAGUACUGCGCGGCCCACUGGGAAUUCAUGAAAAUUUACAACUAAAACUCCUCAAGUUAUACACGGGUAUAUUUGGGGAAAAAUAUGAUGGAGAUAAAAAUAUAUUAAAAAGCAAACAAAAAGAAAUAGACAUUGGCAAAAAGACUAAACUUGAAUACAAGAUAAAAAAAAAGAAAUGAAAAGAGAGAGAGAGAGAAAAAGGGCGGCGGGAGGAAGAGAAAGGGAAGGUAAUUUAAAGAAACCAAUAUGGCAACUUAAGAAACAGAGCAGAGGAGCCAGACAAAGAAAGAGAAAGGAACCCCUCCCUCCCACGCCCACCCAAAAAUCAACAGGAAAGGAGAGUAUCCAGUAACUUUUUCUUACUUCAAGACUUCAAGAUAAAACAUUAGAAGACCCAUUUUACAAAAAUCGUGGGAUAUAGAACAACAAUCAUACACCUGACCUAUUAAAUCCUGCUUAGGUUCUUUGUUUCAACAAAUAAAGGUUAAUUUUCAACAAAGGUUUAAAAAAAAAAAAAAAAAACACUUUGUAAAUGAAAGAAGAAAUUACAUUAUUAACAAAAUAUUGAAAAUAAAAUGGAGAACUCGGAGAUGCGUUUAGAGAUCUAAGAAAAGGAAAAACAGCAUCUAAAUCAAAUUAAUAUCUAGAACCUAAAUCCUGACGAUGCAGUCUACGUAUAAGAAAUGUCCCAGAGGAAGUCACACAAGACAAGCUAUUAGGAUUCCUAGAAGAUAACAUCAAGGAAUUGGGUCUCCGAUUCGAAAAAGAAACAAAACUCUUUGAGAGAUUCCAUAGGAUAGAAAAAACAAUGGAAAUAGGAAAAGAUAUGCCAAGAGACAUAAUUGUAUGCUGCCUUUCUUUUUAAUGAGAAAGCAACCUUAGCACCACAAGAAAUUCAAGACAAGAAGGAAAAUAUUCCAACGUUAAAAUACUCCAAGUUAUAUCUUGCCACACAAGAAAGGGAAGAAAAUCCUACUAUCCUGUUAAAUCCAUUUUAAGGAAACAAACAUAAAGUACAAAUGGGUCUUCUAUAACACGUUACAGAUAACAUUUGAGAAUAAAAGAAAAUCCUUAGACUCUGUAAAAGCUGCCCUAAAUUGGCUCUUACAUUAAAAAAAAAUAUAUAUUUUUUUUUUUACAUACAGCUAUUUAAGAAAUAGAUAAUUGUUAAAUAAUCACUGACCACUGGAAAGGGUAAAGUAGAGAAGGUCAAAUAUAAAUGCAGACUAAGGGAAGUAAAGAUAAUAUAGAUAUAGUAGUUUGUAAUAUCACGAUUUUAUAGCACAAAAAUAAUAUAGAUAUAGACCAUGUACAGAGAACAGUGGAUUUGAUAUUUUAUUUUUAUUUCACAUGAUUAAAAUAGAGGGGGGAAAAAAAAAAAAAUAUAUACAGAUUUUCUAACCCCGAAUUUAACGCACAAAGAUUAAAAUUUAGAAUAAAGAGAGACAAGAUGGUAGGUACAAUAAAAUAGAAAGGAGAAGGGAAAAAGAUAAAAUUAAGAAAGAAAAUUACUUAAAGUUUGACAAAUAAGGCAUUAGGUACGUCUUUACAUACACAAAUAUAUGAAAUUAUACCUAUAAAAUAAAAUAAUGCAUUUGUUCUUUUCUUUCUCUUUCCUUUCCUGUUAAACCUCUCUUUUUUUGCAGAAAGUAGGGAUAGAGGAGCGGAGGGAGGGGAGAGACAGAGACAGAAAACAGAUUUGAGAUGAAGUAAUAAACUCAGCAGUAUUAGUCUUCAUAAUAGAUGUAUAAGGAUUUAAAUGACCCAGUGGCUACAUCAACUGGAAAAUGGUCCUUGAUUCCCCAACAAAUUUGAGUAUAAGAGUUGUAUUCACUACUAUUGGUAGACUGUUAUAAGUCUAUAAAUCUGAUGUAUGUAAUUUUUUUUCUGUAAGCAUAAUAUAAAAGUAAAAUACCUCUUGUAAAAGAAACUCCCAAAAAGGUGAGAUUCUUGAAAGAUUAAAAGAAAAAAAAUAGAUUUAGGGGAAUAAAGAGGGAGGUAAAAAGAUAUGUACAUAUAUAUAGUAAAUGGUUAAAGUCAUAUCCUUGAAUGUUCAAUGUCUAAUCUCACGUUUCAAGAGAUCUUGCCUUUUUGCAUUUGUAAAAGAAAGUAUACAAAUAACCUUCUUACAGGAAACCCAUUGGUUAAAAUCAGACAUAUUAAGGUUCAUAUCAGAUAGAUGUUCAAUGAAACUCUGUGCCUCAUUAGCAGACAAAGAGGUGUAGCUGUUUUUAAACCAAAAGAUGGCCAACUGAUAUAUCAAGUAAUCGACUUACAAGCAAUAUAUAAAAUAAUUAUAUGUAAAUUUAAUAUAUAAGAUAUAUAGAAUUGUGAACGUCUACGCUCCAAAUAAAAUUAACAUUAAGUUUAUCAGAAACAUUAUGAUUAAAAUAGAUCAGAUCAAACAGGGAUGAGUAAUAAUAGAGGGUGAUUUCAACAAAGUAUUAGACUCAAAUGGAUAGGAUAUACAUUAACAAAAUAUUAACAAAAAAAAAGUGAAGUUACCCAUAUUUUAUUUCUUUUUUAUUUGUCACUUAUUACUUAAUUAGUUUGGAUUAAAGGGAAACUCAACUGCAAAAAAAAAAAAUCACUUUUUUUUUUUUUUAAAUUGGGUGUAUAUCUGAAACCUCUUGCAAGAGCUGCAAUUCUCUUGUCUGCUGCUUUUAUAAGCCCUCUCCUUCUUUCCAAGCCAAGACUUUAACUGGCUGUCCAAUCAGACUUUGCAGUGCAUCUCUAUAAGAAGUCUUUUGCAAAGAAGGUGUCCUGUGUAAUUGCUGCCUCUUGAGUUUAGCUCCACUAAGCUAAACACUAGGAAGUAACAGGACAGGUUGUCUAUGUAACAGCCAGGUGUGUAAUAAGGUUAAUAUAUAAAAGUGCCAAUAUCUAUUUAAAUCUGCACUUUUUUGUAAAAUGAAAGAGGGGGGCACACUCUUCACACAUAGAGCAUAUCAGCAAGCUAAAGUGCUUUAGGGAUCCAGAAUGUUCCUUUAAAGAAAUGUUAAUACAGUUAUUAUAACUGUAUGUUUUAUGUAGUUCAUAAUAGACUGUUUCUUUGAAUUAUAGAAAUAGAUCUGAAUAUAGCUCCUCUGGGGAUUGCCUAUUCAAGUGUGAUCUUUUUCAUAAAUUGUUUGAAAUCAACUAAAAGCAAGGAUGGCGGUCUAAAAAUGUUCUGAGUAGACUAUCAUGCCCUGUUAAUAGAAAGGUACUUUGAAUUCUUGAGCAUUUAGGAUUUAAUUGAUAACCUUCAGGAUUAUUCACUGAAGUGAAAAUGAAUUUCAAAUUUAAGGUCAAAAUAGCUAUACUGGAAAAAUACUCAUACUCUGUUACUCCAUUAUGCUUCCAGCAACACCUGGCUUAAAUUUGGAAUUCACUUUGAAUUCUCACUUUAGUAAGCAGCCCUGCUUGUCUAAAUGAACAUUUUGAUUGGAUGAUUCUUUAAAAGGUGACAUGGUUGUCCAUCCAGCAUGAUACUUCUUCUAACAGGGUUAUUCACUAAAGUAAGAAUUCUCAGUGAGUUUAAAAUUUAAGGCCAGAGUAGCCUUUUGACCUUAAAAUUGAAAUUCACUUUGAAUUCUUACUAUAGUAAAUAACUCUAAAAGUUCUGUUCUGUUUAGUAGUUAACUUUUCAUACAGCAUCAUAUAUUUUGUAAAUCUCUCUACAUAGGCUUAUAUGAUUACAAAGCGGCCUAAUAACCAUGCCAAACGUGACAGAAGUGACUAUGUGCCAGAAAAAAUGUGCAGAACCCAGUACUCUACUAUGGACUCUCCAUGUCAUGCAACAAUGUAUAUGAAGAACUGUGAGGAAAAGAUUUUGAAACUGACUUAUAAGAUCAUGCAUCUUCUGACUGGGGAGGUGAGUGGUUAUGGUACUAGGCCAUUAAUCUUUAACAGCUUGGGCAAUCAAGUGUGUGAAGAUAAUUUGCGUCAUUUACUAAAGUAUCACUGUUCUUUUUAAAGGAACACUCGAAGAACCAUGCCCACUACAACUUACUGUAGUGGUUAUGGUGCCAGGAGUUCAGUGGCACCGUUUUAGAACACCUGGUGCUGUUCCACAUCUACACUACUAAUCGCGGGAAUGAUCAGCUGAUGCCAAUUCUUAGGAAUUAAAUUGACACUGUAGUCACCACAACAACUAUAGCUUAUUGUAUUUAUGCUGGUAAGUAUAAUCAUUCCCUUCAGGCUUCUUGCAGUAAAUACUUGUUUUUUUCAGAGAAAAUGCAAUGUUUACGUUACAGCCUAGGGAUACCUCCACUGUCCACUCCUAACAUGGCUGCAAGAGGUGCUUCCUGGGGCAGAGUUGCACGGUUUGCAGCACGAACAUUCCGUGUCGCCACCCUCUGCAUGGAGACACUGAACUUUCCUCAUAGAGAUGCAUUGAUUCAAUGCAUUUCUGAGGAGGUGCUGAUUGGCCAGGGCUGCGUUUGGCUUGUGCUGGCUCUGCCCCUGAUCUGCCUUCUUGACAAGCUCAGCCAAUAUAAUGCUUCCCUGUGUGAAAGCAUUGUGAUUGGCUUUUGAUGAACACUUCUGAUGAUAUCAGGAGCAGAGCCAGCAGCACCAAACUGGAGUAAAAGUAAGAUUUUGUUAUAUUUGGGAGCCAUGGGGUGCUAGAUGGUGGUUUUAACACUAUAGGGUCAGGUAUAUAUGUUUGUGUUCUUUACCCUAUAGUGUUCCUUUAAUGGCUCACCAGCAUUAGUAGAGAAGGCAGGGAGCUGUGCCUGGGUAAGAAGUCAAAUCAUUCUAAAACAGUUUGAAUUGUAAUGGUUUAUGGUGCAUGGAAUCCUAUUAUAUACAAUUAUGUAAAAUAACAGAUACAAUUAUCAACUUGCAAUAAAUUUUUAAGUGGACCAGUCCAGAAUAUGCAUGAAAGUGUGUAUAUGUAUAUAUAAAAAAAGAAACAACCUUUUAUGCAAAAAAAAGUUACAAAUAAAUAUAUAAAAAAAUAAAAUUUUCAAAUAUGUCAGCAGACUCUAAAUACAGAGGGUAGACAAUGGCUUCAAUGAAGUGUGCAAGUCACUUACAGACGUUGGAGUCUAUGUAUUAUGUGCAGUAAAGGAUAUGGUGGCCAAUCUUCAUGUAAGGUGAAAUUAUGAAGUCCCCACAAGAGAUGCAGGUCAUCACACAUACGUGUAUAUUAGGCCCUCACUUGGCCUUCCACAACAUAUACUUCAUAUGACCCUCUGUGGGCAAUUUACUACAACCACUAUUUUAGGACAUAUACAUGUGUUGUGAGCAGGUGCCAUGUUACUCAAAUGUCUCAUCGUUAUUAUCUGUAAUAGUUCUGCCAUUACGGGCCUCUCACGGGUCAAUUUGGUUAUAUACACCAGGGCUUGACAUGUUUGCUUGUGAUUUUGGUGUGUAUAGCCUGUCCCUUCAGGCUUUUCAAUGCAAACACUACCUUUUCAGAGAAAAGACAGUGUUUACAUUGCUGCCAAGUAACACCUCUUGUGGCCACAGGUGUUUCCUAUUACAGUGCUGCACUAUGAACAGCGUCUCCAUGCUCGGCAUAGAGGCGCUGAAUGUUCCACGUAGAGAUGCAUUGAUUCAAUGUAUCUCUAUGAGGAGAUGCAGAUUAGUGCAUGCUUUCCUAUAGGAAUGCAUUGGCUUGGCUGAGAUAAUCAAGAUUGGAGGCGUGUACAGUCACGACGUGGUAAACAUGUGGGUAAAAUCACCUUUCACAUACUCACUGUCACACACAUCACAGACAGACAAACUCAGACGGGCAGACACACUCAGACUCACAGUUGUAAUUGUGCAAAAAUUAUUUUAAUUGAAAUCCACUCAGCCUCCCUACCGUUGGAGAGCUGGAGUGGAUGCCUAUCCAUUGGGGUCCAUUGGGUCUGCUGUCACCUCUCUGCUCUGCUCCCUGUUGCGUGCAGUUUAGUAUGCCGGGGCCGGCAUGAUGUCAUAUUCCGACUCCCGGCAUCACUGCUGGAUGGGCGAGGGAGCAGAGCAUAGAGAUGACAGCUCCCUCGCCACCCGGUUCCAUUCAUCACAGAAGCUGCCAGCUUCCUCUGCUCUCUCACAACCCCCUGCUGGCCGUCUAGGCUCUCCUUCAGCCAUCUGCCUGCAUUCUCCCUCACCGCUUCGGGCCGACAAAUCCUAGGCGCCAGGACAGAAUUCCUAGUCGCCAUAAAAACCUGGCACCUGGGAUUUCUCAAGCCCUGAUAUACACACUAUGAUAUUUAGCAUGUCCGCCAUUUUGCUGUAUUAUGUAUGUAUUGAAACUGCUCCACAGCUCAACAACCAUUAAUCAACCCAUGUCCUAUUAUUUUAAACAUCCUCUAAUUCUCAUACUGCUCUUAUUAUUAUUAUUAUUAUUAUUGCCAUUUAUAUAGCGCAAACAGAUUCCGUAGCGCUUUACAAUAUUAUGAGAGGGGGGAUUUAACUAUAAAUAGGACAAUUACAAGAUAUAAAAUUGAAUAAUUGAGCCUUUGUAUACAUAUUUGUUAAUGGCUUAUCUGAUUCCAUUUUAGAUGAGGUAAUUGCAAGAGAAUUACCUGAGAAUCUGGAGGAACUCAUCUCUUACCUAUCCCUUAUAGAUGAGAGAUUAAGACACAUGGAAAACACUAGGGAAAGGCCUAAAAGACCUGCUGUAAGAGUAGCACCUACUUUUCCAUCAGAUUCCAUGGCUAUAGCUAUUCUGGAACCAAUGCAGUUAGGUGUGACUAGACUGUCUGAGGCAGAACGUAUACAUUGAAGGAGAGAGGAAUUAUGUAUGUAUUGUGCAAAGAGAGGGCAUCUUUGCUUAUCUUGUCCUGAAAGGCCGGAAACUCCAGAGCCUAAGGUCUAACAGAGGACCGGCCUUGGGUGUUUUAAUUGAGUCCUCCGCGACCCUAAAAAUCAGAAAAAAGGCUUCUUAUACCAAUCACAUUGACACUUGAGAAAAAAUAGAUACAUACGUCUGCUCUAUUAGUUUCUGGGACUGCAGAGAGUUUUAUCGAUAAAACUUUUGCUCAAAAAUAUUUUCUUACUCUCAGAGAAAGAACUACAUCUUUUGGCCGUUGAACCCACUAUCACUAAAGAAACUGUUCCUGUUUUUAAAAAUAGUUUUGCAAGCCAUUUCUUUACUUUCUUUUCCCAUUGUUCUAAUAUAUCCAUGGCUAACAAAGCAUAACCCUGAGAUUGGGAGAAGGGUGAAAUAGUGAAAUGGAGUUCUUCUUGUGUUAAGGGAUGUGUUUCUGAAAUUAAACCCCUCGGCAUUAUCAAUGUACCCACUUUGCCCCCUUUAUCCACAAAGACACCAGAGAUGUAGAUAUAGGGGAGUUAUUUGAUAAAAAGGAAGCCAAUAAGUUACCCCCACAUCAUUCUUACGAUUGUGCCAUUGAGUUACUUCCAGGUACUAUGCCUCCUAGAGGUUCUGUAUGUCCUCUUUCUCAGAAGGAGAAUAUCAUAUUGGAGGAGUACAUACAAGAAAAUCUGGCUAAAGGUUUUAUUCGCAGGUCUUUUUCACCUGCUGGAGCUGGGUUCUUUUUAAUCUUUAAAAAGGAGGGUCAUCUUAGGCCAUGCAUCGAUUAUCGUGGACUCAAUAAAAUAAAAAUCCGUAUAGUGUGUCCUAUACCACUUGUUAUAGAACUUUUUAAUAAGCUCAAAGGUUCCAGAAUUUUUACUAAAUUAGAUUUGCGAGGGGCAUAUAAUUUAGUGAGAAUCAAACAAGGAGCUGAAUGGAAGACUGCCUUCAACACUAGAUAUGGCCACUAUGAAUACGCAGUAAAGCCAUUCGGUUUAUGCAGUGCUCCGGCCAUCUUUCAAGAUCUCAUAAAUGACGUUUUAAGAGAGUAUCUAGAUGAUGUAGACGAUAUCUUGAUAAACCCCUCUUGUAUAGAUGAACAUCACAAACAUAUAAGAAAGGUACUCCAAACAUUAAGGAAUGGUUUAUUCUGCAGACUAGAGAAAUGUCUCUUUGAUCAAGAAAAAGUGCAUUUCUUGGGUUAUGUUAUAUCAGAAUCAGUGUUCCAAAUGGAUCCACAGAAAUUAAAGGCCAUUAGGGAUUGGCCUAUUCCUAAUGGAUUAAAGGCUAUCCAGAGAUUUAUAGGAUUCUCCAAUUAUUAUAGGAGAUUCAUUAAGAGGUUUAUUUCUAUCCUUUUUCCAUUGGAUGCAUUUGAUUGCCUCAAAGAAGCAUUUGAUUCUGCUCCCAUUCUGAUUCAUGCUCCUUCUCUUCCAUUUCUUUUGGAGGUAGACGCUUCUGACUCCGGUAUAGGGGCUAUACUGUCUCAAAGAAAAGCUCCAGACCAACCUCUUUAUCCUUGUGUUUUUUUUUUUUAUUGUCUAAUACAGAAAGAAAUUUAGAGAUCGGGGAUAGAGCAUUGUUGGCCAUUGUGUUAUCCUUAAAGGAAUGGCGUUAUCUGUGUGAAGGUUCACUCACGACUAAUUCCAUUCCUACUGAUCAUAAGAAUCUGUUGUAUAUAGCUGAGAGUAAGAGUAGAGAGGCCCGUUGGACCUUUAUUUUUUUCAUGUUUCAAUUUUGUACUAACCUAUAGACCAGGUACUAAGAAUACUAAAGCAGAUGCCUUGUCAUGUCAGUUUGAGCCCAUGACACCGAAGUUGAAGUGUCUCCCAUCAUUCCUAAGGAUAAAGUAAUAGCAGCCACCCAGUUCAGAGUUACUUUUGAGUUAUUGAAUACUCUAAGAGAGAAACAAAAUGAGGCACCUAGUCAAACCCCACAAAACACUUUAUAUGUUCCCCUUGACCUAAGAUAAAAUGUGUUAUCAUUGUGUAAUGAUAAUAAAACUUCAAGACGUCUGGGAAUAAAAAAAGACCACCUCUCUUAUUUCUUCUCAGUUCUGGUGGCCUUCUUUGUCCCUUGAUGUCAAAGAAUACUUACAAGCUUGUAAUGUGUAUGUCCAAUCCAAGACACCUCACACUUUACCAUGUGGUUUAUUGCAACUAUUAGAAAUACCCAAAAAACCAUAGUCUAGUAUUUCUUUUGAUUUUAUAGUAGACCUACCUAUUUCUAAUUAUCACACUGUCAUUCUUACUAUUGUUGACAGAUUUUCUAAAAUGGCACAUUUCGUACCUUUGCGUAAACUACCCUCUUCAGUUGAAUUUUAUAUUUUCUUUAUUUUAUUUAUAUUUUCUAGAGAGGUGUUUAGAUUGCAUGGCUUACCACAAGAAAUUGUCGGACAGAGGUCCACAAUUUAUAUCCCGAUUUUGGAAAGAAUUCACUGCUCGUCUUGGUAUGUCUUUCAUCUGCUUAUCACCCACAGUCUAAUAGGGCUGCUGAAAGAACUCAUCAGUCAUUGGAAAAGAGAAAAUGGGAUUAAAAUUAUACUCGCAUAACGUGAGAGUCCUGAAUACACCACACAAAUGUAGAUUAUUAUAUAAGAAAUAAAGAUGUUACUCUGAAGUCCAUUUUUUUUAUUUUUUAUAAAAGAGACGCACUUUAAAAAUAAUAAAAAAUUUCACAAAAACACAAAAAAAAAAUAUCCCACAAAAUUCCAUUCCACGUUUAAAACAAAUUCCAGGGCAGUCUCAAUUUUGUUUCCUAGGAAUGUAGCAUGUCACACUGGCGAAGUAAACAUGGAUAAAGAGGGCUGAUAUAUAAUAUGGAGAGGCAAACUUAAUGGGGUGGAUUAUGUCCUUGCCAGCAUACAUUUCCCUAGCUCUGGUCAAUUUCAAUUGCUAUAAAAAACGAUUACUCGAGUUUUAAAAGCUACAAAAAACAAUAUGAAAAUUUUUUUAUUCAAAAGGAAACAAGGCCUCAUUACUGGCCUCUAAAUUAUUACAUAAUCUCUCCCAAACAAGAAUUGAACAUUUAGUGAUCGUACAUGGUACUAAAACAACCCCCCCCCCAAAAAAAUUUUUUUUGCUGAUUACUAUAAAAAUAUAAAAAUAAAACUAUAUAAUGUGGCUUCAGAUUAUAACAUUAAUCAGCCCACAUAUGAAAAAAAUAUGUUCAUUCUUGGGUAAGACUUAAAAAAAAUUCAAAAUAUAAAUUGGAUUCUCUAAAUUCACUUAAUACCAUUAAUAGUAUUCCUCCGGACCUGAUGGUUUUACAAUAUUGUACUACAGAACAUUCUCCGGUGUAUUAGUCCCUCACUUAAAUAAAUGUAACCAUUAUUGGAAUACUGGUACAAUGCCGGAAGAAAAUAUGUGUGCUCAGAUCAUAACACUGCCUAAAUCUGGUAAUUUUUCACCCUCUACCAUUAAUUAAAGGACCACUAUAGGCACCCAGACCACUUCAGCUCAAGUCCAUCUAGGAUUAACCCUGCCUGCUGUAAAAAUAGCAGUUUCAGAGAAACUGCUAUGUUUACAUUAGGGUUAAUCCACCCUCUAGUGGCUGUCUCACCGUGAUUUUCACAGUGAGAAGACGUCAGCGUCCAUAGGAAAGCAUUGAGACACAAAGAUUUAUUCAAAGAUUUUGGCAAUUAGAUUAUCAAAAAUUCUUCUUCCUUUACUUAAUAAUUGCCAGGUCUGCUUUGUAUUAAAUAGUCAGGCCCCAGACAGUACUAGAAGGCACAUUAAUUUAAUUAAAUAAAAUUGGGACGCGCACCGUGUCUGCUUCUUUCUUUAGAUACAGAGAAGGCAUUUGAUAGAAUUCAUUUGGAUUAUCCUGUGGAGGAUAUGUUGAGAUUUGGCUUACCAGACCCUUUCAUCAGGGCUGUGCUAUUUUAUAUUCUAAUUCAGCAGCCAAGGUUUCUGCAACUGGAUUAAUAUCUGUUUUUCUUUGACCAAUGAAACAAGACAGGAUUAUCCAUUGUCACCACUCUUAUUUGUGAUGGCAAUGAAACCCUUAGCGGAAAAUAUAAGAGGGUGUGCAGAAAUUGAGGGCAUCAUAGUGGGAGAUAAGGAACACAAAAUACGCCUAUUUGUAGAUGACAUUAUGCUAUCAUUGAAAAUUCUAUUGUCCUUACUUACUCCGAUUAAUGUCCAUCCUACAAGAAUUCAGCAACAUUUCCCUGUAUUAAUUAACCUCUUAACGCCGUUGCAGCUUUCCAUGCUGUCCUGCUUUUAAUGGGCUUAAAGCCAUUGCGGCGGCAUGAAACACCGUAACUGCUUUGAGCCCAUCGCCCGAGGUGUACUCCCCUCCACUGCAAACCUCUUCUGGGGCACUGCCUGACAGCCCAGGCAGUCGUCCCCCCCUCCCCACCCUGGAAAAUUAGGCCCUAGGGGCUAUCUUAUCGCUCUUUCGGAGUCCGUAUAGCUGGGUCAAGCAGUCCCCCUAAUGGCCAGAAAAGGAAAAUAAAAUAUUAGUAAAGCAAAAUAAAAAUAAUCUAUAAUUUUAUAAUGAAUGUAUUUUGAUAUUGAGAUAUAUAUAUAUGUGUAUAUAUAUAUAUCUAUCUAUCUCAAUAUCACAAUACACUUAGAAUAAAAUUACAUAUAAAUACAAUUAAAAUAUAUAUAUAUAUAUAUAUAUAUAUAUAUUUGUAAAAUAAAUCAAUACAUAAAAGAAAGAAGUACUUUAAAGAAAACAAAUAAAAUAUAUGUAAUUUCAUUCUUACUGUAUUUUGAUAUUAAUAUAUAAAUAUUGGUAUCAAAAUACAUUUAGAAUAACAUUCUAUAUAUCUACAAGUAUAGAAAUAAAUAAAAUAAUUGUAAGAAAUAUUUAUAUAUAAUUACAUAACACACAUGCACAUUGAAUUUAAAUAUAUAUGUAUAUAUGUAUGUAAUUUAACAUAAUUUAAGUGAUUUAAUUAAUAAUAAUUUGAGGGACCUGCCUGACGACCCAGGCAUGAAGUCCAAAGCAUUUUAACCCUGUAACUCUCCAUUACAUCAUAAAACCUGUACAUGGGAGGUACUGUUGUACUCGGGAGACUUCACUGAUUACAAAUAUUAGUGUUUUAAAACAGUAAAACAUAUUAAAAUGCAGUUUUUGUGUGAAAAACGCAAAAAAAAUAAAUAUGAACUCUAACUUUGGCCAAUGUUUGUGACUAAAUGACUACUAAAAAAACACUGGACAUAACCCAUUUUGAAUACCCUGGGUUGUGUACUUUUGCAAAUGCUAUGCAAUGGUGAUUAAUUUUCAUUUAUAGGCUGCCAUAUGGUGUCAAUGGCAACAUAACCAAUCUGUGAAAUUUCAACUUGCAAAAACAGAAAUGGGCAAAGGAUAUUUGUCCCUGUAUCUUUCCAAAACACCAAUGGGUGGUACUGUUGUUUUUGUGAGAUCUUACUGAACACAAAUUUGAGUGUUUUAGAACAAUAAAACCUAUAAUGCUGAUAUCAUCACCGUUGAAAGGGCAGUUUAUUUGUGAAAAAUGCAAAAAAAAAACAAAAUGACCGCUGAAUUUGACCACUGUUUAUGUCUAAGUGGCUACUAAAAAAGACUAGACGUAGCCCAUUGUUGCGGUCGCCGGCCUGCCGCGUGGCAUGGACGUGCCCGACCGACACAGCCUCGCCGUCAGCAAGAGCUUACCUGCUCGUCGGUGAGCUGGAAACCGCUCCCCCAGGUCUUCCGGGCGUGGUCGCGUCCAUCUCUAGCUCCAUUCCCGAAAAUUAUAAUAACGUGCGCGUGACGUCACGACGUCAACGCACACGCACGUUUUGGGGUGAGAAGUCGCCCUCUGACCAAUCAGAGCAUAGAGAGGGAUAUUUAAAUCCCUAGCUCUCCCCAGUACCUUGCCCUGUCGUGGUUUCCUGUUCCUGGUUUCCUGAGAGUGCUUUAUCUUUGUGAAUCUGAUUUCCUGGUAUCCUGAUCUUGGCUUUUCCCUGGUUAUUCUGGAUUCUGGUUUCCCUGACUUGGCUUGUGUAAACGGUAUUGUGUAUUUUCUGGCUUCCUUGACCUCGGCUUUCCCUUUGACCAUUCUCUGUCUCUAGCGUUUUAGUCCGGCCAUUCUAAGGUCCGGUUUAUGCUCUGUGCUUUUAUUUUCCUUUUCCUUCUUAUGUAUAUGUUUACAUAGUUUCUGCGUGCUGGACCACACUAGUAGUCGUGACACCCAUCUUGAAUACCAUGGGUUGUCUUUUUUUCAAAUGGUAUACCAUGCUGGCGGUAAGUUUCAUUACUGGGCUGCCAAUAUGGUCUCAAAGGCAAAAUGGGCCAAAUGGUACAACCCAUGUGUAGAUUUUAUGGGGUUUUGGAAAGUUUCAGGGUCAAAUAUACAUCUUGCCCAUUUAUGUUUUUACACCUAGAAAUUUGAAAACGUGAUUUUUUAUUUUUUUUUGUCACAUUUGAGAGAGUAUAACAGCCUGGGUAAUAACAUUUCCACCGUUAUGGCAUACCAUUUUCAAAAGUAGGGAAUCCAGAGUAUUCCAAAUGGGAUAUUGUGAUAUUUUUUGGUCUAACCACUUUAUCAGAAAUGCAGGACCCGUAUAGUGGUCAUAGUUUUUUUCGUGCUUUUUCACACACACACUAACUCAAUUUUCACAGGGCAUUUCAUAUUCCUGAUAUGAGUUAUUGCAGUAAAGCCUCAGUAUUUUAAUUUAAAGGAGUACUAUAGGGUCAGGAACACAAACGUAUUCCUGACCCUAUAGGGUUAAAACCACCAUCUAGCCACACUGGUCCCCUCAUGCCUCCCUAAAUAUAGUAAAUCUUACUUGCAUUCAAGUCUGCAGCUACAUGCUUUGUGCCUGUUUUCUUUAGACCUGCCUGCAGACAUCAGCAGUAGUGGUAGCCUGAUCCAGUCACAAAGUAUUGGCUGAGACUGACAAAGAGGCAGAUCAGGGGCAGAGCCAGCACAAUUCAAAACACAGCUCUGGCCAAUCAGCAUCUCCUCAUAGAGAUUAAUUGAAUCAAUGAAUCUCUACGAGGAAUGUUCAGUGUCUGCAUGCAUUUUGGGCAGCCAUGACCCAGGAAGGAUCUCUAACAGCCAUCUGAGGUGUGGCCAAGGAAGUUAUCACUAGGCUGUAAUGUUAACACUGCAUUUUCUCUGAAAAGACAGUGUUUACAGCAAAAAGCCUGAAGGUAAUGAUUCUACUUACCAGAACAAAUUCAAUAAGCUGUAUUAGUUCUGGUGACUAUUGUGUCCCUUUAGCAUUGUCUCCUGAAUCAUAUAAAAACAGUAGCAUUCUGCUCGCUUGUAAACCUUGAUGUAAACAGUGGUUAUAGCAUGGUGAACGCAGACUGAUACCUGUUAAAGUGCAACUCAUUUCUAUUCUGGAAUAAACAUGAAUCCUUAGCUGGGGCAGUUAUCAUUGGAGGUAUCCAAUAUGGAAAAUAAGUAAAAGGUUAAAUUAAAUUUUAAAAUGUGAGUACAUUACUCUGUGCGUAGUGCAUAUUGCACUGCCUUUGUCUAGAUUUACUAUAGCUGCUGAAGCGGGUCACUGCCCUUUAAGUGGGUAGUGCUGGAUGUGGCAACCUGUAUUGCUUUACCUUCUAAAAAGGAGUCUAUGGAAAAAAUAGGGAGCUUUCAGGUAUGCCUACGUAAAAGCCUAACAAGCUGGGAGGGUUGUCAAGGCUUUAUUAGCUUCCAGAUGUUGAACAUGGGUUGCGCCAGCGGGGCCUGUAAAAACCCCUAACCAAGGGGGAAUGGGGCGAGAAACUUGUUGGGAGGUCCCCGUAUUUAAAUGAAACAGGUAUAGAAUAAUAUAAGGCAAUGGAAAGUAAUAACAAUGAGCAUUAAACCAGACAGAGACCUCCAUCCUAACUAUGACAAACUAUGGCUCGGACGCCUUGAUACUACCUUGUAGUGGCCCAACGGUUAGUGCGGAUGAUUAAGAAGGAAAACAAGAAAACAAAUAACAUGAAAGUCACUAAACUGGCUAGAACAUUAACUAAGCGCUUGUAUAGUCAGUUAAAGGACCACUCUAGGCACCCAGACCACUUCAGCUUAAUGAAGUGGUCUGGGUGCCAGGUCCAGCUAGGGUUAACCCAUUUUUUUAUAAACAUAUUUUUAUAACCCAUUUUUUUAUGAACAUGUUUAUAAAUGGGUUAAUCCAGCCCUCAAAUCCUCUAGUGGCUGUCUCACUGACAGCCGCUAGAGGCGCUUGGGUGCUUCUCACUGUGAAAAUCACAGUGAGAACACGCAAGCGCCCAUAGGAAAGCAUUGUAAAUGCUUUCCUAUGAGACCGGCUGAAUGCGUGCGCAGCUCCUGCCGCGCAUGCGCAUUCAGCCCAGGAGGAGGAUCGGAGGUGGAGAGGAGGAGGAGAGCUCCCCGCCCAGGGCUGGAGAAAGGUAAGAUUUAACCCCUUUCCUCUCCCCAGAGCCCGGCGGGAGGGGGACCCUGAGGGUGGGGGCACCCUCAGGGCACUAUAGUGCCAGGAAAACGAGUGUUUUCCUGGCACUAUAGUGGUCCUUUAAGACAUUUAAGUUACGGAUUCCCAUUUGCUGGAUGGAACAAAUGGUGUCACAUUCCAUACAUCCCAGGCAUGGGUCAUAGCAGGUCGUGCUGCAGCGGGAUGUGGCUCUUGUAUGCUGAGGGCUAUGAGGAAGAUGGAUACGUCCUCCACGGAUGUGGCUUUGUAAGUCUUUUCUUCCUUCGUUACCAACAGAGUCUGGGGUGCUGCCUAGUGGUACGGAAUACCUGCUUCUUUGUGGUGAUGGGUUGCAUGGAUGGGUAGUCAAUUGAGUAUAUUCGAAGCAAGGUCUAGUUACUAGUUGGGUACCUCAGGGGUCUGUACUUGGACCCAUUCUCUUUAAUAUUUUUAUUAGUGAUUUUGCAGAAGAUCUUGAUGGGAAGGUAUGUGUUUUUGCUGAUGAUACAAUUUGCAACAGGGUUGAUGUUCCAGGAGGGAUAAGCCAAAUGGCAAAUGAUUUAGGUAAAUUAGACAAAUGGUCAGAGCUGUGGCAACUGACAUGUAAUUUGGAUAUUGUGCAAGAUAAUGCAUCUUGGGUGUAAAACCCCUAGGGCAAAGUAUAGAAUAUUUGAUACGCUACUAACCUCAACAUCUGAGGAAAGGGAUUUAGGAGUAAUUAUUUCAGAUUACUUAAAGGUAGACAGACAAUGUAGUAGAGCAGCAGGAAAUGCUAGCAGAAUGCUUGGUUGUAUAGGGAGAGGUAUUGGCAGUAGAAAGAGAGAAAUGCUCAUGCUAUUGUACAGAAAACAGGUGAGACCUCACUUGGAGCAUUGUACGCAGUACUGGAGACCGUAUCUUCAGAAGGAUUUUAAUAAUUUGGAAAUGGUUCUGAGUAGGGCCACUAAACUGGUUCAUGGAUUGCAGGAUAAAACUUACCAGGAAGGGUUAAAGGAUCUUAACAUGUAUAGCUUGGAGGAAAAAACGAGACAGGAGGGGAUAUGUUAGAAACCUUUAAAGGGAAUCAACACAGUAAAGGAGGAGACUGUAUUUAAAAUAAGAAAAACUACCACAACAAGAGGAAGUAUUACUUUACUGAGAGGGUAGUGGCAGGGCCGGUGCAAGGACUUUUGCCGCCCUAGGCAAAAGUAAAGUUUGCCGCCCCCCCAUGUGACAUCACAAUGCCCCACCCAUAUGAUCUGCCAUGUUAACUAACGCCAGUGCUGCAGUGCCGCCGUGUUUACAUUAAAAGGCCUGCAGGGACAGGCUAUAGACACCAGAACCACUACAUUAAGCUGCAGUGGAUCUGGGGACUAUAGUGUUUCUUUAAUGUGAGGUAAAUUAGAGAUUAGUGCCAUUACUAAUAUACUAGAUUGCCUACUUACAACCAGAUGAGGAUGAUGAUGGGCUCUAGCUGCAGUCUGGCUCCACUGGUCUGGUGUAGAACAGGCUCUCUGGAGGCGGUUUGUAACUGUGGUCACAAAAAUCAAUGUUCUGGGAGAACGGGAAGCAGCUCCAUUUUUUGGGGGCCCUUUACACAGCUCAAGGUCUGGGUCCCAGGGUCCACCGUCAUGUUCCACCAAUGAGUUUGUUCACAGGGGGUGGAGUGUGUCGGGGUUGUCCUGAUGUGUGUAUGGAAUGCAUUGUGUGAAUCUGUGUUUGUAUGUGUAAGGGCUGCAAGGUGUGUUUGUGUAUGUAUGGGAUGUAGUGUGUGCGUCUGUAAGGGAUGCAUUGAAUGUGUGUAAGGGGUGCAUUGAGUGUGUGUAAUUAAUGCAUUGUGUGUUUCUGUGUGUGUAAGGGAUGCAUUGCUUGUGUCUGUGUGUGUAAUGCAUUGUGUGUUUUUCUGUGUGCAAGGGGUGCAUUGUGUGUGAUUGUGUGUAAUGGAUGUCAAUCUCCCCCUCUCGUCAAUUUCCUUCUCCCCCCUCUCCAAUUUCCUUCUCCCCCCUCUCCAAUUUCCUUCUCCCCCCUCUCCAAUUUCCUUCUCCCCCCUCCAAUUUCCUUCUCCCUCCCUCCAAUUUCAUUCUCCCCCCUCUCCAAUUUCCUUCUUCUCCCCCUCUCCAAUUUCCUUCUUCUCCCCCCCUCAAUUUCUUCUUCUCCCCCCUCUCAAUUUCCUUCUUUUCCUCUCAAUUUCCUUCUUCUCCCCCUCUCUCCAAUUUCCUUCUUCUCUCCCCCUCUCAAUUUCCUUCUUCUCCCCCUCUCCAAUUUCCUUUUUCUCCCCCCCUCAAUUUCCUUCUUCUCCCCCCUCUCCAAUUUCCUUCUUUCCCCCUCUCAAUUUCCUUCUUCUCCCCUCUCUAAUUUCCUUCUCUCCCCCCUCUCCAAUUUCCUUCUUCUCCCCCCCCUCUCAAUUUCCUUUUUUCUCCCCCUCUCCAAUUUCCUUUUCUCCCCCCUCUCAAUUUCAUUCUCCCCUCUCAAUUUCAUUCUCCCCCCCCUCCAAUUUCCUUCUUCUCCCCCCUCCAAUUUCCUUCUCCCCCCUCUCCAGUUUCCUGUAUGCUUCAGUGUGCACUUCGUGUUAGUCCGGCCGGGUACAGGAGACAGAUGCUCCCUGUACCCACGGACCAUACAGAGCUCAGCCACGCUACAGUGAGGGAGUGACAGGAUGGAGCGCUGAGCGCUUCCCUCCUGUCAGCCCCUCUCCUCAUGCUGCGCCCGGGCGGUGCGCCCUCAUGGAUGCACCAGCCCGGGCAAAGCUGCAGCCGCCUGAGGUUCUCUGCAGAGCACUCGGGCGGCUGCAGCAUGAGGUAGGCUGGCGCUCCUGGCGGCGCCCCUUCCCAAGGGGCGACCUAGGCGGCUGCAUAGUUCGCCUAACAGGUAGCGCCGGCCCUGGGUAGUGGACCCAUGGAAUACCCUUUUCAGCUUUAGUGGUAGAGGUUAACACAGUGAGAGAGUUUAAGCAUGUGUGGGAUAGGCAUAAGGCUAUCCUAGACUUAAGAUAAGGCCAGGGACUAAUUAAAAGUAUUUCAAAAAUUGGGCAGACUAGAUGGGCCGACUAGUUCUUAUUUGCCAUCUCAGUCUAUGUUUCUAAGCAUGGGUCUUAUCUGCACUCAUGUUACUUUAUCCUCUGUAUCACAACUCAACUUUGAAUUCUGUGUUUAUUCUUUCCUCAGAAAUGCUUUAGACUUAAAGUGAGGUUCUCCCGAAAGCUUGUCCUUACAAAAUUCUGUUAGUCCAAUAAAAAAAGGUAUUACAAGAUAUGAAUUGUAUCUGUUUUUUACAUCUGCAUCACUGGACUAAUAUGGCUACAGUCUCUUUUAUUUAUGUAUAUAUAUAUAUAUAUAUAUCUGUCAAAACAUGAGACCUCUGACCUGACAGGUGAAGUGAAUUAUAUUGAUUAUAUUCUUAUAAUGGCACCUGGCAAGGGGUGGAAUUUAUUAGACAGCAGUCAGUUCUUGAAUUUCAUGUGUUGGAAGCAGGAAAAUGGGCAAGCAAAAAGAUCUGAGUGACUUUGACAAGGGCCAAAUAGUGAUAGCUCGAUGACUGGGUUAGAGCACCUCCAAAAUGGCAAGUCUUGUAGGGUGUUCCCAGUAUGUAGUGUUUCAUAACCAAUAAAAGGGGUGCAAGGAAGGACAAUCUGAAUCGGCAGCAGGGUCAUGGGCGCUCAAGACUCAUUGAUGCACAUGGGGAGCGAAGGCUAGCCUGUCUGGUCCGAUCAUGCAGAAAAGCUACUGUGCUUAAAUUGCUGAAAAACUUUAUUCAGUACACAGUGUAUCGCAGUACGGUCAGAUUGCACAUGAUGUCCACCGCCAAAAGUGCCUUCAAUUCAUUAAAAUUGGAUCUUGGAGCAGUGGAAGAAGGUAUCUUGGUCUGAUGAAUAACAUUUUCUUUUAGGUCAGGUGGAUGGCCGGGUGUUUGUGUGUAGUUUACCUUUGGAAAUUGUUGGAAGUUGUCUCUUUCAGCAGGAUAAUGCACCGUGCCACACUGAAAAAAAUGUUCAGGAAUGGUUUGAGGACAUGACAUUUAGUUCAAGGUGUUGCUUUGGCCUCAAAAUUACCCAGAUCACAAUCCUAUAUAGCAUCUGUGGGAUGAGCUGGAACAACAAAUCCGAUCCAUGGAGGCCCCACUUUGCAACUUGCAGGACAUAAAAGAUCUGCUGCUAUGUGGUGCCAUGUAGCAAAGGACACGUUUAGAGGUCUUGUGGAGCCCAUGACUCAACAUAUCACAGCUGUUUUGUCCGUUUGAGGGAGAUCUACAUUUUAGGUUUUAAUGCGUGUGUGUGUGUGUGUGUGUGUGUGUGUGUGUGUGUAUAUAUAUAUAUAUAUAUAUAUAUAUAUAUAUAUAUAUAUAUAUAUAUAAUGUGUGUGAAUAUAAAUUUAUAUAUAUAUUUAUAAUGCCAGAGUAUUGGAGUAUGCAAUGAUAUUUUUUUUUAUUGGACUAACAAAAUAUUUCAAAGAAAAGCUUUAGAGAGUUUUCUUCUCUUCCACAGGUCUUGAUGCAAUACUGAUAAAUCAUAUAGAAAUAACUCUAUCAGAUUAAUCCGUAUUGCUUCAGACCCGAGGAAGAGAUGAAAACUAUAUAUUAUGUAAGUCCAAUAAAAUACUGCAUACUGCAAUACUCUGGUAUUUUGGCAUCUUGUCUACAGCCUAAUAUCCACCUGUUUAUUUUAAUUAUAGCCCUUAACCCUGCUCUUUUCAUGAAAUUGCCCCCACCAGUAAUUUGUCACACCUCCAUGUACUCCCUGUAUUUUAUUAAUCACUGGGUAGCAAUAACUGUGGGAUAAGCAUGGUGGGUAACGGCAGAAGUGAGGUGUAAAACUUAUAUGGGGGUCAUAUUGAUCCACAUAGGAUUCUUUGAACUAGUUUUGUCAUUGGCUGCUAGUGCUGCUAGAUACCGUUUUCUAAAUUCAAACUCAUAUUUAUUGGCUUUUGAUAAGCCUUUAACAGUAGUUUAAUCGAUCCAAACCAUUAAAUGGGUUAUCGAGCACCAUUUUACUGCUGAUAAAAGUGAUCUCUAAUCAAGGUCCUAGUCUCGAUUUCUCAAGACUAAAAUAAAUAAAUAAUUUACAUUUGUAAGAGACCGCAGAGUUACUUUUCCAGAAGUGGAAUUAAAUGUUUCUAAGUUUAUCAUAGGAAUCUAAGGUCCAAGUGUGCUUGUAUAGUCUGUAUUGUUCAGUCCCUUUUGUGUUUUUGUACCUGAAAAUGUGACUUUAUUUUGAAAACCAAUUUUAAUGCAUUUUGUAUGUAAAAUUAACGUUGUCAUUGUCUCAGGUUGCUAUAAGAGAUGAGGAUAUUGCAGUAUAUUUCUCCAUGGAGGAAUUUGAGUAUUUGGAAGAACAUAAAGAUAUUUAUGACAAUGCGAAGUUGGAGAUUCAUCAACCUCUCCAUUCAACGGGUAAGAGGGAGCUAUAUUUUCACUCAUGUUACAGAUAGUCACUUUAGGAUUUUUAUUAGUACUGAAAUCCAAAGUGACAUUUAUGGAUUCUGUCUUGGUCCUCCAUCUUGGUCCUCCAUCUUUGUCCUCCAUCUUUUCUUAAUAGACUGUAAUAAAAAAUAAAAAAAAGAGGGGGGGGGAAUCAGGCCUGUUCAGCUGCCUACAUCCUUUUUUAGAGUAUUUUGUUAGUGGGUAGUUUUCCUUUGUCUCUAUGCAGUUCUGACUUCUCACAAAGGCAGAACAUAAAAGGUUCCAAAACAAGAAAUAAAAUGUCAUUGCUGUUUUUUUCCUUAUACUUUUACUUUUUAAAUUUAAUUUUAGCUUUGUAAUUAUCCUUGGAUCAUGUUCCACUAGCCAGUGGCAAGUGAAAAUGAUGUCUGGUGAGUAUACCAUAGACUCUCCAUGCUUACAGUGGCAAGUGACUUAAAGGGCCUGUCUAGUAGUAUAGGACUUAAAAUUUAAAGCCGUGCUUGGGACACUUUUUGUCUCUGUGUGUCUCGCGCUCUCUCUCUCGAUAUAGAUAUACAGGUAUUUGUAUUCACAUUCACUUCAUAAAAAGUUUUAUUUAUACCCAUUUAAGCAUAACAACUCACCAAAGUAUUGUAAUCUGUUUGCAGUGUGACAAAUGAGAAACUCUGCAAGCUCAAACCUGUUUUUUCUUUACAUUUACAUUUUCCAUUGACCAACACUUGUGAAAAGAUAUGUCACUGUCUUUGACCGUAGGCUAAAAACUAUAAUGCUCAUAAGUGUGGUUCGUAGCACGGUGCCAAGCAUCCAUAUGGGGAUUCAUUAUUAACUUGGUAAAUCUAGUUCAUAACAGACAUCAUCCUUCUAUGUUUCCUUAUUAGUGGAAGCGAUUACAGACUUCAGGUGGAAGGGGUUUUCAAUCACAACUUUUUCCCCACCAUAACCUUUUUUGUUUUUGCUUCCCAAGCACUAUCAAGCCUCAAUAGCAAAACUGUAACCAACCUCAUGCUGAUGAUUUGCAUUAACAAUGAAACAGCUGUCCAUGAGUGGUUCACUGGCUUUGCAUCUUUUCCUAAGUUGUCCUUCAAAGCUGUUGUAUACAGCAAACACAGACUCAAUGGAAUCCAGGUUUAAAAUGUGAUUCUUUGUUCAACUAAUUUGCAUUUUCCCACCUAGAAUUCUUUGCGGUAGUAACAUCACUGCAAAUUUGUGAUUUCUGUGGGGAAAGCAAGUCUUAUGGCAUGACUGGUGUGCAGAUUUUUGUUUAACAUUGUAUUAACUAUAUAUAUGAUCUUGAUAAAGACCUGCGGGUCGAAACGUCGAUUUUGUUUAAACACCGAUAAAAUCUACUAAAACAAGUCCUCUGGAGUGCUCUUCUCAUCAUUUUUCUAUAUAUAUAUAUAUAUUAUGCACAAAACCACAUGUCUAGAUGCCAGAUGGUGCUGCCGUUUUUUUUUUUUUUUUUUGUAAAACCUGUUUUUUGUAAAUAUUCAUAUGACUCCAACAACUCUAAAUUCAGAUGUAUAUUGAUGAACGCAAUAUUCAUUUUAAAUAGAAAAUAUGACUUUGUGAACAUGCCGUUAUCUCUCUGCCAACACCUAUACCAAUAGAAAUCUUAAGUUUAUCCAUUUUAUUUUAUUCAUAUUCCUGCUUUCAUGGCGCAGUUUACUAGAAUUGUAUACAAUGACAUCAGAAUUACAUUUUUAUUCAGUGUGUUAUUUUGAGAGUACUAUAUGGUGUUUGUGAGAGAAAUGCAUAGUUUUUAAUACAUGGACAAUCUGUUGGGCUUAGUUUCUAUAGACAUGUGGAAGGUUCCAUUGAGGUUAAAUGCUGAAUCCAGCCAUCAUAGGAAUUGCAUUGUGGGAUUGACUAAGCACAGUGGCAUGGGUUUUAAUUGUUAAUUUGUGAACCUGAAAUUUUUAGAGAAACAGUCACCAUGACUGUUUAAGCAGCAUUUGUAUUAUAAAUGCUGCUCAGAUUGAGUCUCUAAAAAAAAUAAAUGACCAGAUUUUGCAAUUACUAUCACGACGUAUAGUCAAUAUAUUAAUUAGGGUAAAACAGAAGGUAAGGGCAGCACCUAGAAUGUCCUUAAGGAGGUAUACGUAGCGACAAAAGGAGAAACAGAAGGAACUUGUUACAGAUUGGUACCCCCGUUAUAAAUCUCUCCCAGAACACACACGGCAAAUAGUGAACAUAGCUCACGCUCUGUCGAGACUUGAUGAAGGGUAAAACAACUGAUUUUAUUGGAAAAAUACAGGUUUAUAUACACAGAUCACCAGCAUGGGGUCUCUAUUCAACACACAGUAAGCUCGCCUAGGCACCUCCUUGUCUGAGAGAAAAUUGUGUCAGUUCUCGGUUAAACUUAUUAUCUCCCGGAUACAGAGAGCACAAUAUAGAAAAACUCCAAAACAUGCAUAAAAUAACAUUGUACCCCCACAUGUUGUGUAUACCUGGAUAAGUCUGUUCUGAGUGCCCAUUCUUUCAAAAAAGUGCUCGGCUCCAUGGGAUAUGGUCCAAACGCCACAGGGUUAACACCCCCAAAAAUAGUUCCAUGCAGCAAGUGCCGCAUGCAGGUCUUUUAAAAGAAGCUCUACCUGCUCGAGGCAGGGGAGCUCUCUCCUGCUUGUAGGGAGAAAUUGGUUGUCCUGAUGGUCCAUUGGGAUUGGUGGCCCUCCCGGUCCAUUGGGAAGGGGUUGAAAAUAAGGGGCCAAUAUGAUUGGAUCGAGGCGCUGAAAGUAGCUGAGCCGGAGUCCCAUUGCAAACACAGGUAGCUCCUGCUGGUAGUGUUUGAUUAGUCUGACUCUCUGACAGCUGUCAACGGGCAAGGGAAGGGGCGCUGGCUGGGACAAACCUUGUGAAGCGGGGCAAAAUGGAGGAAAAUAGUCUGGAACGAUGAAUUAUAGUCUUUUGUUGAACAGGUUCUUUACAUUGCUCCCCCAGUUCAGUGGCUUGGCAUACCCUGCUAGACCCCUAUGGGUCAGCUUGGGGAUGUCUGAGGAAGAGAAAGUUAGCUUUCCAGUUUGGUUUGUUAGGACAACCAAUCUGCAUUGGCAUUUUGUUUGCCUGGCUGAUACUGAAUCAUAAAGUUGUACAGGUUGGGCUACCUCUCAGUAGUCUGGAGUUGUCCCCGGCUACUCUGAGCCAGAUGAGAUUGUGGUCCAUCAUGAUGGUGAAAGAGCACUCAUACAAGUAGAGCUGUAGCUUCUUGAGCGCCCACACCAGUGCCAAACAUAAUUUUUUUCCACGGUGGCAUAAAUGUCUUUUGGGGGAAAAGUUUUCUGCUGAAAUAUGCCUCCGCCAUCCCUACAUGACGUUUGUCCGGCCAUAAGGUUAAUCCAGCUGAACGGAUCCUGUCGAGCACGAGCAAGAUGUGCUUGAGGUGUGCUUUCCAUGUGUGACUGAAUAUGGCAAUGUCAUCCAGGUUCGCACAUGUGAAGUCCUGAAAUAUCUCCAGGAGCCGGUCGGCUAUCCUUUGAAAAGUAGCCAGUGUUCUUCAUCCCAAAAGGCAUGACCCUGAAUUGAUGUUUAUCCAAGUGACAAAAACAAUGUGUUUAGGUGAGAUAACCAAAAAGAGCUAAAGAAGCUUGGAAUAAACUAGUACUGUGAUUAGACUUAUUAACCAGCAGAUGUCACCAAAACGAAACUCCCAUUACAUGUAUGGGCAAAAAACAACAACAUGAAAACAAAUGAUAGUGUAGACAGUUUAAAUAUGUAGUUCCACAAAAGUAUAUAUUACAGCUCAAUACAAAUAUAUUUAAUGAUAUAUCAACAUGGGUAUUUAUUUUAAAAAGUUCAAUAGUUAAUCUUUAUAAAGUGCAAAUCAAUUUUUUUAUUUUUAUUACAAUUCAGUGAAAUAAAACGAACAAGUGAAAUAAAACAAAAGAACACAGUCUCUUACAAGAUAGUGUUGUGAGUAGAUACAGCAUACACCGUUACUCACUGCCAAGCUUGAUAAGUAAGGUGCAUCCAGUUAUGGAUUCCGGCGGUCGGGUCGAAAUGACUGUUGUGUUUAUAUUGCGGUCAAUUAAAUUCCACAGUUCUCCGCUUACAGGACGAGCUCCAGAAACUCCGCACCCCACGUUUGACGUCAACGCGUUUCGCCAGGUGGUGCCGGCUUCCUCAGGACAUGAUGCCUUUAUCUCCAUCUUGGAGAAGGGUAUUUGAGGACUCAGUCAAUCCUAUCUAGUUGUUCUGAUUGGUGUGUCCGAAAGUGUCUCAUUUAUAUAUCGCUAUUUCUUUGCAGUGAAUCCUUAAUCUCAAAUCAUUUGUAAGAUCAGUCUUUGCUUAAUAGAAUAUAAUGCAUAGUACAUAUUUUCAUAAUAUUAAGUAAAUCAUAUAAGUUAUAAAACCUACCCAGUCGUUUAGUUUGUUGUAGUCAAUACAGAAGCAGGUCGUACCGUCCCGCUUCAGUACUAAGACUACCUGCGAAGCCCAGGGGCUUUGGGAAGGUUCUAUUACUCUUUUUGGGGGGUUUUUUUAAUUGCAAAUUUGUCAAAUGCAUUGCUUCAUAGGCUGGCACUGAAACAAGUUUUGCUUUACAUUAUAUAAAAAAAAUAAUUAUUAUAUCAAGAGUUUCUGUAGAAAACACAAUAAGACCCCCAGAGACCAUAUUAGUCAGUACCUUGCAUGCAAUGUUAAUGCAUAUACAAUUAUUAUUGAUUUUUUUUUUUUUUUUGUAUAAAUUACAAAACAAAAAACACUCAAACAAGAAACAUAUAAAACCUAAAGAAACAUACAUUUGGGAGAUGUCUAAAUAAUACUAAAUUGAGGUAAUACACAGAUUCACAAAAACAUACACCUUAAUAAUAAAGUGCUUUAUUACAGCGAGAAGUAAAACAGGAGAGAGGAAGAGGGGACCCAUAGGGAAUGUAGGCCUAUAUCCCAUCAAUUUACCUCCUCUAUUAUAUUGAUCUUGCCACUGUCCCCAUGCUCGGGUAAAUUUAUCCAUCGUACCUGUGGCGAAACCAACCUCGCCACUGUACAUUGGAGAAGCCUGGUUGCUCGCCUGCUCCCUUUAGACUAUGGCCCUGCAGUUCAGACCUGUUAUUUUCCCUGCUGAAAGGUUUAUUCAUGCCUUUCUGCCAGGGUGUUCGGUAGCUACAAACUACCGAACGAUGGACCACCUGGAAGCUGGAGUGUGCCGUCAAUUGACCACCCAGAAGCUGCGGUUAACCACAGCUUAAUUGAUGAACGCUGGGAGGCCUUUGUUCGGUUGCCGAACACGUGGCAGCGGCCAUUUUAUCUCCCGAACGGCCAGCGGUGUUCAGCGCCUAAACUAUGGAACUGAAAACGGACACUUAAUUGCGCGAACACCGCUGAGCCGCCAGCCUCCUUCCCUUCCCAUUCGAGAGCGGAACCGAAUGACUGUUCAUUCGGUAGUGUAACCGGAUGAACAGCAUCACCCAGAUAGCUAAGCCAUGGAGCCUGUUCAUGUAACGAAAAGACUAUGUGAAGGACUUUGGCUCCAUGGCGAUUGAACUGUAUGUAUGUGAUCUGAGCGCCAUUCUGGGGAUAUGUAGAACGUAUAUGUUUUAUGUACUGAAUGUAACUGUAGGUAAUUUUAUGUCUUUUACUGUUUUACUGCCAUGUGGUUAAUGGAGUUUUUCCUCUGUCUUUGGAGAUAAUUGGAUUACUUCCCAAUUAUCUCCAAGGCAGAAAGGAGGGAUUGUGAUGCAUUGUGGAAUGGUUAAAAUGUGUAAGUCUGUGAUUGGUCCUUUUACCUUUUGUGUCCCAGUCUCCCACUUGGUCCCCUACGGGAGUGUCCACCAGGUGGGAGACCUGCAUAAAAGCCGGAGAGUUAGCCCCAGUAAAAGAGUUCCUGCUUAACCCUCAAAGUGAAGUGUCGUCUCAUUAUUGGGGGAGGAUUUAUUGUAUGCUGUUAGAGACUGAUUGCCAGGAGUGUAAGCCGCUUGGGGGCUUUUCCUGUUCGUCUGCUAGCAGCUAUUCGUGUGUCUCCAGUUCGGGAGUUUGGAGUGCUACUUGGUAUGCAGUUCGGGAGUUGGUGAAUUCGUGGGUUUGCAGUUUGGGAGAUUGGUGCUUGCAGUAGUUGUCUGUGCAGCUGAAAAGGGGGAAUAUCGCCUAAACGGUUUUUAUCCUCUUGUGGGCAAAACAGUCCGUUACAGUACCCAUGAUUUUAAGUGCCAUUUCCUUGUAUCUUUUGGUACGGUUUAUUUUCUCUGUAACGUAAUCUCAAAACAGGGAAGGAGUGGGGAGAACGUGUUGACGUGAGGUGGGCGUGUCGAGGUUGCGUCAGGGAAGGAGGAGGCCAGCCACGAGAACGCCAGCAAGUGAAAGUAGCAUGGUGUUAAACAACAAAUUAGAAAGCAGCGUAUGAUUCAACAGAGAGGUGAAAGUCACUUACAGGUUUUUUUAGAGUCUCAGGUUUCCGAAAAGAGCGAUAUCAGAGUGCCGAGGAGAGAGAGGGAACACUUUCUUUUUGCUUAUUAUAUUAUUAUAUUUUAUCCAUCAAGAGAAUAGCCAGUUACCUACCAAGAAUCAAGAGGUAAGGAUAUAUGUAAAUACUGGUGAAGGUAAUUUGGUGUGUAUAUACAUUAGUUGAUUUGUUGGUUGAGCUGUUGGCUGCAAAUAAAUAUUGAGUAAAUAUUUAGUUUUUACUGGACAAUUUACAACUGAUGGCUAGAUAAAGAGAUAUAUCUGUCAAGUAAUCACUAGCAGCAGUGCCACCCGAUGCUUCAUAGCUUCCCAGAAGUGCCGAAAGUGCUCCACAAGUCACUGUAAGAAUCGCUCUAUGGAGCAACAGGGGGACAGUCCUGAUUGUGUAUCGUCUCGAGCAAGACGCCGCCGCCAUUUUGUUUCAGGUAGCUUGCUUCGAGUGAGUUGCCAGUUAGGCCUGUAGAUUGCGUCUAGGAAUUCUCUGCCAGAAGAAGUGGUUUUAUCAGAGUCCAUACAGAUGUUCAAACCGCUACGAGAUGCAUACUUGCAAAAACAGAAUAUUCAUGGAUAUAAUCUUUCAAUGUAGGGUAAUAACUGCUUGAUCCAAGGGUAAAUCUGACUGCCAUUCUGGGGUCAAGAAGGAUUUACUUUCCUAGCUUGUUGCUUCAAACUGGGUUUUUUUGCCUUCUUUUGGAUUAACAGCAAAAAACAAAUGUGAGGAAUGCUGAACUUGAUGGACACAAGUCUCCUUUCAGCUAUGUAACUAUGUAAAAGUGGCACAUUUCAAAACAUAUUAUUAGCAUCUUACACUUGAGAAUCACAAAAUAAAUUAUUUUAUAACACUUUUAAAGUUAUUAUAUAUUAAUGGGUUAGGAUAGUGAUUGGGCAUCACAGAAUGAAUACAGAGGAAUAUAGAAAUUGUCUUUCAAUAUAACUAUGAUCAAAGGCAUAAUCAAUUUUGAUGAAUUACCUUUUUGGUAUAACUUUCAAAUAUAAUGGGAAGUACAGGAAAUUGAAAAUGGCAUCACAUAUAUUGUCUUUAAUGAUAAUUUUAGCCUAAUUUUCCUUCCUGUUAAUUUGAUAGGAAAUACAAGGGACCCUAUCGGAAUGAAACAGGUCCCUUGUAUUAUUAAUUUAUUUAUUUUCUUCUCCUUUUCCUCUCUUCUUUAUGUCUUAAUAGAGAAGGUAAAUGAUAGAGAGAAAAUGGAAGUAUGAUAAAUAUUCUUUAGAUACUUCUCUUUAUGACGAUGAGCAAUCCAAGCCACAACAUAAAUAUUCUGGCUGGGCUUCUCUAUCAUUUGAUAAUUCAAUAAAUAACAUAUAGAUAGGCGUAUACCUACACUUGAACCUCCCAUAUAAAAGGACAAUUGUGGUUUGUUUUUUUUUGGUUUUUUUUAUCCUUUCCUGUUUGGCUGGGAAGUUCAAGUUCAUUGAAUGCAUUGAUUUGAUUUUUUGCUGGCAUAAUCCUAAAACAUAACCGCUUACGAGAUUAUUCUUUUUUUUUUUUUUGGUCUUGUAGGUAGUAGGCAAAUACUUUCAAAGGGGGAAAACUUUGUUUCCCCCCUGGAGACCAUAGGGAGGCGUUUAUCAGGCCCUGGGGAGAUAGCACAGCUAAGCGGACAAGGGCACAUGUAGGAGUGUGGGGAUAGAUGCAUGGGAUUGGUUUAAAAGAGUGUGUGGGUGGGAUUAUGUUCUGUGUAAGUUAGUGUGGGGGAGGUCUUACCUCAGUGCCAUUUGGGAUUCGGGCCAGCAAACAGCUUCCUGUCCUGCAGCUCCUGUUUGCCUGGGCCUGCAGAUUUACACAGCUUGAGGGAUGGAGGUUGAGGCUUUCUGGCUUCCCUCAGAGCUGCUGCAGCGUGGAUAGUGGCCAGCGACUCCUGAUUCAGGUGAUAUCCUCUCCUGGAUCCUCUCCCCUGGGUGGCUGCCGGUGUGGGUGCUCCCCCCUGCGGCCUGUCUCCAUCUGGGGCCUUCCCUGUGGCCCCUGCUCCCCUCUCCCAUGAUGGCUGCCGGUGUGGGUGCAACCCCCCCGCAGCCUGGGCCCUUCUGGGGCCUUCCCUGUGGCCCCUGCUCCUGGGGGCCGGCAUUAGGGGGGGCACAGGUUCAUUUGAGGGUACCCUGUCACUCCUCCCCGGGCCCGGUUGAGGUGGGAGCCUGGGCCUGAGGCAUCACCAGGCCUGCGUGUCUGGGGGCUCCAGACACGCGGCCUGCAACUUUCCUGAGGAUCCGCGGCCUUCAUGGGCUGUGCGCGGAAUCACGGCCUACCCGGCCUGCAACAACGGCUGGGGGCAGUGGUAGGCUGGCCGCACGUUCCCGACGGCGUGCGGCCGCCUGGCGGUCGUUUCUAAUCCCCCUGUGGCUCGUGGGAUGGUGGGGCUGUGUGAAGGGCCCCCAACGGUGAGGAGGCCCGGUGGGGCCGCGCGGGUUACUCCAGCACCCCACUGUUCGUGACCAGGGGGCCCUCUAGUGGUCCGGGAGCCUCCUCUGCCGGUGAGGUAGGCUCCCUUUCAUCUCUCUCCCCUGUCCUCCCCCCCCCAUGUCGCUUCGUUCCAUGGGUCCCCCUGGUGUCUGUUGGGGGGCCCGGCUUGAUCGGGGAGCCCCCUCUGGCUCCUUCCGCUUUCUGCCCCUACCCCCACCUGCUGGGUCCUUCUCCCCCCCCCAGUUUCUUUUCCCUCCUUGGUUGGCUCCUUGUUCCUGGAGGGUCCCCCUCUGCUCUCCUCUCCUUCCCCUGCUCUCUCUCUCUGGGUGGAUCUUGUCCCCCCCCUCGUCCCUCUCCCGACCCCCCCCCUGUGUGUCCCUGUUCUAUGUGCCCCUUCCUCUAUGUGUCCCUUCCUCUAUGUGUCUCCCUACUCUGGCUGUAUGGUCCCCUUUUCUAUGUGUGUGUGUGUAUCUAUUCUGUGUGUGUGUGUCCCUAUUCUAUGUGUGUGUGUCCCUAUUCUGUGUGUGUGUCCCAGAGGCUAGGCAGUGGUUGGGGGGCCAGUGAAGUGGGGUCCUCGUGUCGUUCUAGCACGAGGGCUCGGGUUGCCCAUCCUGUCUCCCACGUUUUCAUGCAGGCGUUCUGUCGGGAUAAGGGACAUGGGUGCUCUACAUGCAGGCUCUCUUCGGUCCAUAUGAGAAUUCCAUCAGGUGGUGCGGGAGCUGCUUACCAUUUAAACCUUAAUCGGUAGUUUCCUCCCGAACAGCCAGAGCCCAGUGAAUAUAGCCCUCCGUUCGGUAGUUAUAGUAGACGAAUUCCCAAUUGUAAAUCCAAUAGUGUUCCUGGAUAAUUCCCACAGUAAAACACACGAACUCCCAAACAGCAUACGUAGUCAGAAUAAGGGUACAAAGAUGAACUGUUUAUUGGCACACAAAGAACCUUCUUUUAUGCAGGUCCCCAUGCAAAGGGACAUCCCACAGGGUGGGACACAGUACAACCAAUCACACAAUGGUUACAUCCCACACAUCCCCUCCCCUUAGCCUGAGAGGUAACCCAAUUAUCAAUACAUUUUAAAACACACUUUUUACCCAACUUUCAUAACUCCAAAACCAUACAUCCAAUAUUAAUCAGCACAUCCCAAAUACAAACAUACCCAAAAAUCAUGCAAAUCCUUCCAUUAGUUCAAAAGUUAGUUAGAAGUCCUUUGUGACCCAAAGGAAGCAUGGCUUUUCUGCCCAAACCAGUUCCCACUGGUCUGGCAGUGUCCCUGGGACAACUCCCUGCUUGAGAACAAUAGACAGGAAACGGGGGAGGGGAAGAAACACACCUUCCCGUGGAUUUCAAUGGGGAAGAAACUGUCUUUAGAAGCCAAUAAGCCCCAAAGUUUGGAUGUAUAAAGGGGUGACAGGGUGGUCUGCAUUCGGUAGUUUUACCUACCGAAUGCCAUAGGGAAACAUUGCUAUUAACACAAAUACAAAGAGGGCAUACACAGUUAAAAAAAAAAAAGGCAUUUCUUCACAUACCAUUCCUUUUAUUAAUUUUGUAGCCCGCAUCUGCACUUUUUCUAGUGCCAUAAUAUACUUCUUUAGAACAGGUGCCCAAAAUUGCACAGCAUAUUCAAUAUGUGGUCUUACCAGUGAUUUAUAAAGAGGCACAAUUAUAUUCUUGUCUCGAGAAUGAAUGCCCUUUUUCAUGCAUGACAAUACCUUAUUGGCCUUGGCCACUGCUGAUUGACAUUGCACAUUGUUGCAUAGUUUGUUGUCUAUAACAAUUCCCAAGUCCUUUUCAUGUGUUGUUAUCCCUAAUUCGCUUCCAUUAAGGGUAUACGUUGCUUGUGUAUUCUUUACGCCGAAGUGCAUAACUUUGCAUUUUUCAACAUUAAAUUUCAUCUGCCAUUUGAGUGCCCAGUCCCCCAGUCUAUCUAAAUCCCUCUUCAGCAAAGUAAUAUAUUGCUCACGUAUUAUUUUACAGAGUUUUGUGUCAUCUGCAAACAUUGAAUAUGAAUUCUUCAAGAUAAUUUAUAAACCUGUUAGGGAGUCCCAGAACAGACCCCUGAGGGACACCACUUGCCACCUCUGUCCAGCUUGAAAAUUUACCAUUAACAACAACUCUUUGUACUCUAUUUUUAAGCCAAUGUUCUACCCAAGAAAAAGUAUUUUCAUCUAGACCAAUUUCCUUCAGUUUGAACACUAAUCUAUUGUGUGGAACUGUAUCAAAUGCCUUGGCAAAAUCCAAAUAGAUCACAUCCACGGCAACACCCUGAUCUAUACUUCUAAUUACUUCUUCGUAGAACGCAAUCAAGUUAGUUUGACAUGACCUGUGCUUCAUAAAAUCAUGCCGAUUUUUGCUGAUAACCAUGUUCUUCUCAAGGAAUUCUUGAAUAUUAUCCCUUGAUAACCUUUCAAAUAUUUUCCCAGCCACAGAAGUUAAGCUCACAGGUCUAUAAUUUCCAGGCAAGGAUUUUGAACCCUUUUUGAAUAUCUGCCUUCCUCCAAUCCUCGAACACUUCCUGAAAGAAAAGAAUCUUGAAAGAUUAAAAACAGAGGUUCACUUAUUUUUACACUUAGUUCCUUAAGUACUCGCGGAUGGAUACUGUCAGGCCCUGGAGCUUUGUUUAUAUUAACUUUCUUUAGUUGCUGCAGCACCUUGUCUUGAGUUAACCUAUUACAAUUAUUCUGCAAGUUUUUAGUAUCAAUCAUUUGCACAUCUAUUGCCAUGGGUUUUAUUAUAUAAUCACUGAAUUUUUAUUUAAAAAAAAUAAAUAUUUUAUUAAUGACACUGAGGUGAGUAUAUCGUUCGCCUUCUGUAUUUUCUUGAGCAGCAAAGACAGAAUGUAGAAAAAGAAUAUAAAAUAAUUAAAACGUAAAGUAGUGUGGGGCAGGGGAGGGCUGGAAUCAUUAGGCCUGGGGGGCAAAUCCAGUCAAGUGGCCCAUUGCACCACCAAAUCAGCUCACCAUCCAUGCAAACCUUUUCCUGGUUUAAUAAAGGAUAUUGAUGUUAUGCUAAUCAAUAGCUCUUUUCCAUACCCAAUCUGCGGUGCCAUUACGCAGCGGCACUCUGACCUUUCUGAAACUGUUUCAGAAGCUGGUUCCUGCUGGGGGACCUGCAGAUCUAGGAUUAGAUUAAAUUGAUAUGGUAAACGGUGUUCCUUUAAAAAUAAACAAUAGGUCUACAUCUCACAUAAUUAAAAAAUUGAAUACAUAGGUUUUUUUUAUUUUUAUUUUGCAUGGGAUGAUGAGAAGGUAGAAAGUCAUUGACUCCUUCUGCUCUCCCUUCCUUUCCUUUUGCUCUCCUACUGCUCUGCUUUCCCCUCCUUUCCCUUUGCUCUCCUUCUGCUUCCCCUCUUUUCAUUUUGCUCUCCUUGAGCUUUCCCCCCUUACCUUUUUCUUUCCCCUUCUUUCCUUUUGCUCGCCUGUUUUUCCCUCCUUUCCUUUUGCUCUCCUUCUGCUUUUCCCUUCUUUCUUUUUGCUCUCCUUCUGCUUUUCCCUCCUUUCCUUUUGCUCUCUUUCUGCUUUUCCCUCCUUUCCUUUUGCUCGCCUGUUUUUUCCCUCCUUUCCCUUUGCUCUCCUUCUGCUUCCCCUCUUUUCAUUUUGCUCUCCUUGAGCUUUCCCCCUGACCUUUUUCUUUCCCCUUCUUUCCUUUUGCUCGCCUGUUUUUCCCUCCUUUCCUUUUGCUCUCCUUCUGCUUUUCCCUUCUUUCUUUUUGCUCUCCUUCUGCUUUUCCCUCCUUUCCUUUUGCUCUCUUUCUGCUUUUCCCUCCUUUCCUUUUGCUCUCCUUCUGCUUUUCCCUCCUUUCCUUUUGCUCUCUUUCUGCUUUUCCCUCCUUUCCUUUUGCUCGCCUGUUUUUCCCUCCUUUCCUUUUGCUCUCCUUCUGCUUUUCCCUCCUUUCCUUUUGCUCGCCUGUUUUUCCCUCCUUUCUUUUUGCUCUCCUUCUGCUUUUCCCUCCUUUCCUUUUGCUCUCUUUCUGCUUUUCCCUCCUUUCCUUUUGCUCUCUUUCUGCUUUUCCCUCCUUUCCUUUUGCUCUCCUUCUGCUUUCCCCUCCCCUCUCCCUCCUUUUGCUCUCCUUCUGCUUCCCCCUUUCAUUCCUUUUGCUGUCCCCUCCUUUCCUUUUUUCUCUCUUCUGCUCUCCUUUUGCUCUGCUCUCCUCUGUUUUUGCUCUCUUUCUGCUCUGGUCUCCUUUACUUCUACUCUCCUUUUGCUCUGCUCUGGUCUCCUUUACUUCUACUCUCCUUUUGGUCUGCUCUGGUCUUUCCUUCUACUCUCCUUUUGCUCUGCUUUGGUCUCCUCUCCUUUUGCUCUGCUUUGGUCUCCUCUCCUUUUGCUCUGCUUUGGUCUCCUCUCCUUUUGCCCUGCUUUGGUCUCCUCUCCUUUUGCUCUGCUCUCCUCUCCUUUUGCUCUGCUUUCCUCUCCUUUCCUUCUCCUCUCCUUUUGCUCUGCUCUCCUUUUCUUCUCCUCUCCUUCUGCUCUCCUUUUCUUUCCUUCAGCUAGUCUACUUCUCUCUUUUUCUUUUCUCCUUCUUCUGGGCACCGCAGGGAGGGGUUGUGUUGCGGUGUGACAUCAUACUCUGCAAUUAGCUGGCAAUCGGCACUAUCCGUGUAUCAACAAGACGCGGAUUGGCAAAUUGCCAGAAGAUUUAGCAUGCAGAAGGAGGGGACUGCAGCAUGGAUGGACCCCAUGUGAGGGGUUUCAUGUUGUAUUAGUAGCGCAGUGGCAUGGAAGGCUUACAUUAUAUUUUUGUAUUGGGAAAGACUGCUGGCAGUAAGUUAAUAUUGGUGAAACACUGCAGCUUUACAUUACUAAAUUUAGGCGGCCGUAAGGCCCAUUUUAAUGCGACGGCUGCCUAAAUCGCCUAAUUAGAGAGCCGCCUCUGGCCAAGAGAUCCUGUCUCUGCCUCUGUGGCAAGCAAGCAUGAUAUAGGGCGGCCUCAGUGCCAUCUUAACAGCAUUAUGGGCCCCCGGGCAAAGCAGUGCACUUGGGCCAUGCCUACACAACAACUCAUAGGAAUAAAAAUUAAAAUUAUCGAUAAAGUUAAGCUUAUAUAUUGGUGCCUCCAACAAAUGCAAUACGCACACACCGACUGCUGAAUACGCACACACCGACUGCUGAAUACGCACACACCGACUGCUGAGUACACACAGACAGACUGCUAAAUACAUACACAGUCCGCUGAAUACUCACAAACACACACAGAGACUGCUGAAUACACCCAGACUGCACACUUUGUGUGUAGGGGUGCAGUGUGUGUGUGGGGUGACGUGUACGAGGGUUGAUGUGUGUGUUGUGUAAAAGGGGUGCUGUGUGUGUGUGGAAGGUGCUGUAAGUGAGGGGUGUGUGAAGUGCUGUGGGUGGUGUUUGUGUGUUGCAUGUGGGAGGGUGCCUGGAGCAAAUGUUUUCUUUUUUUUUCUUUUUUAUUCUAAAUGAUUUUUAACAUCUAAAUGUACGUAAAAAAAAAAACUGCAUGCCCUGGUGGUCCAGUGGUGCUCUAUAUAGCCUGCAGCUUCUCUGGCUGCAGGAGGUCUUCAUUCCUCCCGAGCUGAGCGCCAAUGCAUCGCUCCACACAGCAUGCUCGCGGGAGGAGCGACCUGCCUCUGGGUCCUCCCGCCCUCUCUCUCCCCUCUCUGGAAGGGCCUUUGGGCCAGUGAGGGAGCUCUUUGAAAUCCCCACCGGCCAGAGAGGACCCACGGCAAGUGAGCUGGGCCGGCAGGAGAGAUCAACUGCCCUGCAUCCAUAUGCUAAAAGAUGGCCCCGGGUGGCAAUUGCCCGCCCCUAGUGUGGGGAGAAAGGAAUGUAUGGCUACAAGUAUUAGGCUUGGUCUAAAGUGGUACACUUUUGGGAACAAAUCCGAGGUAUUUUGAAGAAACUUCUAGAUGUGUGGUCCUUUUUUAUUAUCUAAUUCUCUCCCUCUCCCAAUCAGAAAUUAUUCAAUAAAAUUACUCUUGCACACCCCAAGGUUUAGUUUGAAAAAGCCACAGCAUGUAAUGAGCAAAUGAAAAGCGCAAUGGACCUGCGCCCUAAGCACCAAGUUGCAGAAAAUAACUUAUCAAUUGACGCACCCCAAAUGUCUUAUUCAAUGUACAUGUCAUGCAUGUUUGUGAAUAAAAAUUGCUUAAUAAUAAAAUUUUUUAAAAAUUACUCUUGCAGAUAAAGGAGCUUUGGCUCAAGGCUGGUUGGAGGAUACUGUACCUCUAGAAGAUAUAGUCCUUCUAAAGAUGAAAGAUAAUUACGUCAUGGAUAACUUAGCGACUCUGAGAUUAGUACCAAUUAGAUGGCUUUUGAAGAGUCUUACAUCGACCCUCUUAACGGCUUUAGAGAAGGAGUAGGCAAUUUUUGACACUCCGAAUGUUGUAGACUACAUCUCCCAUGAUGCUCUUACAGCCACAAUGCUAGCAAAGCAUCAAGGGAGAUGUAGUCCACAAAAUCUGGAGUUACAAAGAUUGUCUACCCAUGCUUUAGAGGCUCUCUCUAGUUAAAGGACCACUAUAGUGCCAGGAAAACAUACUCGUUUUCCUGGCACUAUAGUGCCCUGAGGGUGCCCCCACCCGCCCGGCUCUGGAAAGGGGAAAAGGAGUUAAACUUACCUUUUUCCAGCGCUGGGCGGGGAGCUCUCCUCCUCCGAUCCUCCUCCGUUCCUCCUCCUGGGCUGAAUGCGCACACGCGGCAAGAGCUGCGCGCGCAUUCAGCCGGUCACAUAGGAAAGCAUUCAUAAUGCUUUCCUAUGGACGCUGGCGUGCUCUCACUGUGAAAAUCACAGUGAGAAGCACGCAAUCGCCUCUAGUGGCUGUCAAUGAGACAGCCACUAGAGGAUUAGGGGGAAGGCUUAGCCCAUUGAUAAACAUAGCAGUUUCUCUGAAACUGCUAUGUUUAUGAAAAAAUGGGUUAACCCUAGCUGGACCUGGAACCCAGACCACUUCAUUAAGCUGAAGUGGUCUGGGUGCCUAGAGUGGUCCUUUAACCACCUUUUGAGGAAAUAACCUCUGUGACAAACCCAUCCCUAACCAGGGUUUCUCAGGGGGAACCCCUCAUUGAUCCAGAUGAAAUACACCAUCUGCAUUUUGCAGAGUGGUCACCAUGAGAGCAUUCUCAUCACACAAGAUGCAAUUAGCUCAUGGCAAAAUAUCACAUUCUUGAUAUUAAAGCUAGAGAGGGGCUAGAAUUUUCAAAGAACCAGGCCUCUGAAGAAAGUAUGGUUUUCAGGUAUUCAUUUGUAAAAGACCUAGAACUUUACUGCCUUUGACAAAGUACAGAGUAAUAUGCAAAAAUAGUUUUUGCCCAAGCAUUUUGAAAGGGCUGGAAAAGCAAGGAGCAGUCGGUCCGGUUGCAGUACAUAAAGCUUGAGACAUAAUUAAGACUCCUUCCCUGCACAAAGGUUAACCUUGCUCUUUUCCCAAUCCAGCGUUAUAUCCCUUGUUUGUUCCCAACAGGUCAGCGACCCCAUUGCCGAGGAGAUUUUAUAUCUCACAAACAAUGAAGCGAUUUAGCGAUUUGGCAUAAUCAAGUGUUAUUUUUUUUUCCUGAUUCCCAAGAAGGGAGGCUGAGAUAGUUAGCUGAUCAAUCUCAUCACAUAUUCAGAUGACAUUCUGAUUAAGUCCCAAAGUGUUUAGCUUUUUCAAAUCCAAUUCUCCUGAACCCUGCAUCUGUUACAGAACCUGGGUUUCCUCAUAAAUUGGGAGAAGUAGAUCAGGCUCUCAUUAAGUCUCAUCUCAUCACAGACCGUGCACUUACCUUCAAGCAAACCAAAAUCUAUCAAAAAGGAGAUUAGACACGUACUGUCCCAUGAUCAUCUCACUCUCAAACACCAAGCCCAAAUUAUCGAAUUACUGGAAGCUAUCAUCCAUGCCAUUUUCCUGGUCCCAUCCAAUAUUGAGCUUUUCAGCUCCUGAAAAGACAAAUCAUACUAAAAAGAUGUCCUUUUUUAUGAAGAACAAUUCACGUUAGAUGUGGAACCUAAGGAUAAGCUACACUCGUUGCUCCAUCACAUGGCAGAUAAACAACACAGUUAUAUUCAGAGUGGUUUCAGACCUGGUCAAAGAGUCAGACGAGAGCACUUACAGUUGGGGAGUGCAAUGCAGGAACAUUUCUACAGGCGGAGGGUGGUUCGACAAGGAGUAAUCUUUUCACAUCAAUUGACUAGAACCAUUAGCCAGGUCCUUUGCCAUUUGCAGUCUUUCCCUCAAGGGAUCACAAUGUUUCAUAUUGUUGAAGAUGGAGAAUGUCUCUGCAAUCCAAGGUUUUCAUAAAUCUAGUUCUAGAUAAUUUGCACUACUGCCUUCAAAACAGCAAUUCAAUCAUAGUGGAACAUGUACCAGGACUGUCCAACACAACAGAAGAUUAGAAUCCCAAACACCUCAGGGACUCCGGAGAUUGGUGGCUUAAAGGCUCAGUAUUUUUUUAAGAUCGUCAAUCUUUGGGGCCUUUGCAUCUCCUUUAAGUGCAUGGUUCCCCAGAUUUUUUUAGAUGGAGAUCUAGAAAUCUUAGCAGUAAAGACUGUUUUACAAGAUGGUUUUUGAACAGACAGUAUGCAUUUCUGUCAUUUGUUCUACUAUCACAUAACUCAACUAAGUUGUCAUAGCUUAGCUCUUGUAUUAAAGAUCCCCUUUUGCCUGUUUCAGUUGUGGUUUACUCUUUUUUAAAUGUUUUUCCUUGAUUGCUUCCAUCCUUCGACACUCUCCUCUUGGAUCUGGAAAGGGACCUUCAUGUAUUGAUCUGUCAUGGCCUCCUAGGAUUGCUGGUUUGGUUGAUUUAAGGGAACUCUGGACAACUUUUUAGCUUCUUGCAGUCACAUUGCCACUAGGAAUAAGACGAUAUUUCACUGCUUGGAAUGUAUGGACUUGUUUGUGUGGACAGUUAUCAUUUAUUGGUUCUUUUAGAUUAGAUUUUUUAUUUUUAUCUCAAUUUUUGAUUCAGGUUGUGCCUUAUAACCAACAUAGGAAUGCAAUUUCAGCCAGACAUAAGUGUUUGUACCCAGUUGGAUGUCAUCCUUUUGUCUGUCUUCUGCUUAAAGGUAUUUCUUUUUUUAGGCAUCCUAGACAUAAAUACAUGGCCUUGUGUGAUGUCAAUCUUGUCCACUGUCACCUAAGUAUUGAUCAGAUUAUGCCAAACUUUGAAACAACUUUAAGUCAAACUGGUUAUGCUUUUUUGCUUAAUUACCAGCAAGAAAUUGUCAGAUUGUUCAUGCAAUGGACAAUGAUGCUCGCUCAUUUUCCCCAGAAGGUAUUUGGAAUAGUGCGCAUGUAACUUUUAAAAUAUAUAUAGAUCCAAUAUAGAAUGGCUGCUCACCGAUCUUUUAAAAUGUAGAUUCUUUAUUAGAUAAAGUUUAAAAUAAUGACCAACAUUUCAGUCCCAGCUUGGGACCUCCCUCAGGGUCAAAUAACAGGACAACCAUGGGUUGGUUGUCGUGUUAUUUGAAUCAGACAUAUCGGUGCUUUAGCUCUCUUCCAUCAUCUAGCUGAUUCUGCCCAACUAGGGUUUCUCUUGCUCGUUGCUGCCUGCCAUAUUUGACAGAUAUAGCCUUGUCCACUGUUCUAGAAGCAUGUUUAGAUUUGGCUACAGCCUUACUUACACCAGUAAGUUUAGGCUUGGGGUAAAUAGGAGGGACAACCACAUGGGUGGCAGGCUAGGUGUGCCUAGAAUAGAACAUGUAUAAUAAAAUCAGAAAUGAAGGUGGGCGUGGCAUCCAUGGCAGAGGGCCUGUGUUUUCUGCUUGUGGCCGAAUGUUUGGCAAAUACAAGGAAUACCCACCUGUUGUUGUAUAUACUUAAAGGACCACUAUAGGCACCCAGACCACUUCAGCUUAAUGAGGUGGUCUGGGUGCCUGGUCCAGCUAGGUUUAAUCCUUUUUUUCUAUAAACAUAUCAGUUCUAUAAAUGGGUUAAUCCAGCCUCUAGUGGCUGUCUCAUUGACAGCCGCUAGAGGGCUUCCACGCUUCUCACUGUGAUUUUCACAGUGAGAAGACGCAAGCGUCCAUAGGAAAGCAUUGUGAAUGCUUUCCUAUGGACUUGCUGAAUGCGCGCGUGGCUCCUGCCGCGCAUGCGCAUUCAGCCGGAGAGCAGGUAUUCACACAGUAUUAAGGGUCCUAAAUACUUUUAGCAAUGAAAGAGGAGGAGGAUGGACUAUAUCAGACAUUUAUACCCUUUCGUCUUAUGUGAUUUGUUGUUAUAUUACUAUGCUACCUGGUGUUUUAACUAUUUCAUGUUCUUUUUCUACAUCCUGUUUUAGGGAAAUGAAGAGAAAAGUCUUUGAUAAUUUCACAGUGUACUUUAUUAAGCCUAUAGAAAUGAGAAAAUACCAGUUAGCAAUCUCUUGAGGUAUACUUCAUACCAUUCAUGAGAAAAAGCAACAAAAUACCUUUGUAAAGUUAAACAAGCUUUAACUCCUUCAGAUAAUUAGGAUGGGUCAUUACAUUACUUGACUUUAACACCGUUGGAGAUUAUGAUGACUUGUAGCUGAGAUGACACAAUAAAUGUCCUUUUAUUGGAAUUUAUAUAGUUCAAUUAAUCUUCAUUUCUCAUCAUACUGCACUUAAACACCCAUUAGAAGCAUCCACAACUACACUAAUAUACACCUUGACUCUGUGUCUCCCCGUAUAUACCCAUUGUUUUUAUUUUAUUUUAUUUUUUUUUAAACUCUUGUCAUAUAGGUGAUGUGAUUUACCAUAUUGUCACAUUGUAUGCUAUAUUAUUGAGGAACAAAAUCUGUACAUAUUUGAUACAUUCUGUAUAGCUCAAGAUUUUUGUAAUUGUGUUUUUCUAAUUACACCAUGUACUUUUUUUAUAAAAUAUUAUUCUAUAAAAUAAUAAACAAACUGUAAAUGCUUUUUUUUUUUUUUUUUAAAGUAUGGUUUUGAAAAGAUAAAUACUAUUAAUGAUUAUUGAUUAGAUUCUCUGCCUGCUAAUGAUCAUAUGAUUUUAUUUGUUGUUAGUUGGUUUCCAGUCUAUGUAUUGAAACAUUAAUUGGUCUCUUUAUUUCCUGUAGACCGAACAAUGACCUGUAGGGGAUCAGAAGAACUGCACACUCCUGCUCCUGCCCCAUAUAAGGAUACAGUUCUUGAACCUGUUAAAGAAUCCAUGUACAUAAAACAGAGUGACUCAAAAAGCAAGCAGGUCAGAAAUGUGGCAGAGGAAUCUACUUUAUCUGAAGAAAGAUAUCUUACAGACACCAACGUUUAUACUGACACAGAAUAUUCACUCGUGAAUUAUAGAACUGUUUAUAUUAAAGAGGAAUCAGACUCUAAUGAAGACCUAGAUCUCAAUGAAAUGAACUUCACUAAUCCCAUAGGACAUACACAGACACACUAUACAUCUUGCCCCAACAAAUAUAUACCCACAGAACAUACAACUCUACAUACUACGCAGAAACUGUCGCAUGAAGACGGUCUCACAGAUGUUCAUAUAUACACACCAAGAGAAAAUACACAGACAAACUAUGUGUCUUCUCAUGUUAAUUUAACCUUCACUAAAGAAGAACAUUUUGAAAACCACAUUUGCACACAAACAGAGUGUAUAAAUACUGAUGAUUAUUAUUACACAGAACAAGUCAAAGGAAACUGCAUUACACAAAAUGCCAGCAAGCAUUUCUCGGAAAUCAAAUGCAAUGAAUGUGGCAAAAUAUUUACUACAGUGUCUGCUUUUUUAUCUCACCAGCAAACACACACUACUCAGAGGAUGUACAAUUGCUCUGAGUGUCAUCAAUAUUUUAUUAGCAAGUCAGAUCUUGCUAAACAUCGGCUAGUUCAUAAAGAAAAAAAACUUACCUGUUCAGUUUGUGGGAAGCACUUUUCUUACAAAUCUUAUCUUGUUAUCCAUCAGCGUAUCCACACAGGAGAAAAGCCUUUCUCCUGCUCGGUGUGUGGGAAGUGUUUUACAUGUAGCUCCCAUCUUGUUACCCAUCAGAGGAUUCACACAGGAGAAAAACCAUUUUCUUGCCCCAUAUGUGGGAAGUGUUUUAGCCGUAGAUCAGACCUUGUUAAGCAUAACCGAAUACAUACUGGAGAAAAACCAUUUUCGUGUUCUGAAUGUGGGAAAUGUUUUACUCGGAGCUCCCAUCUUAUUUCACAUCUCAGGAUUCACAAUGUGCAGUAA